GAGGGGGCGGGGUGCCGCCUGAAGGUCCAGGUGCGUCGUCGUCGUCGGUGUCCUCUCUGAGGCGGAGGGAGAUGUGGCCCACCCCGCACUCCGUAGGGGCCGGAUAACGUCACCCUUGCUUGCGCGGCUGGGCUUCGCUGAGGGGAAGUUUGGAGGAGGUUGUCCGGCCGGGGCGAUGGACGGGGGGCUCGUAGCCGCAGCAGCAGCAGCAACAACGGGUAAGAGAAGCCAGUUGCUGAGGAGCCCGGCCCGGCCCGGCCUUUCCCUGGCGCGCCCGCGCUCCCUCAUCCUGUCCGGGGUGGGCGGGGCCGGAGCCUCGUUGCCGGGCAACGGGGAGGGAAAGGGCGGAGGUGAGCAGGGGCGGGACGGGGUGGGCGGAGCCUCUGCAUCCCAGCGCCCUGUUUCCAUCGAAGGACAGCCAGGUGUUCCUAGUAAGCGAGCAUGGCAGGAAGGCAGGCAAGGCCUCCACCGACCUGCUGGUCUUUUUGCUUGGGCUGGAUCGUGUGAACCGGGGGGGCGGUCGAGCUCUUCCCCUCUCCUGCUACUUUCGCAGGGGUACAAAAGAGGGUACAAACAGCGAGUUAUUUAAAUAAAUGAUUGUGUUUACGUUGGGUUUCUUAAAAGCUAGGAGUUUUGUCCAACAGUGGUACCUCAGGUUACAUACGCUUCAGGUUACAUACGCUUCAGGUUACUCCGCAAACCCAGAAAUAGUGCUUCAGGUUAAGAACUUUGCUUUAGGAUGAGAACAGAAAUUGUGCUCCGGCGGCGCAGCGGCAGCGGGAGGCCCCAUUAGCUAAAGUGAUGCUUCAGGUUAAGAACAGUUUUAGGUUAAGAACAGACCUCCGGAACGAAUUAAGUAUUUAACCCGAGGUACCACUGUACAUUGAAUACCACAAUUCAACAUGUUUAAAGUAAAUCGCUUCUCCCAGAGAAUGCUGGGAACUGUAGUUCUGUGAGGGUGAAACUACAGUUCCCAGGAUUGUGUACGGUGCGGCUGUGCCCUGAGUCCUAUUCAAAGUAGACUCCUUGACAUCUGUGCACAUGAGUAACUGAAGCCCAUUGGAUCCAUUGGCUUUGCUCUGAGUUUGACUUAGUUGCUUUCAAUUGAAGGUUAUUUUGGAUGUAUGCUUAAUCUUGAGAAUUUCCAAAGCUGCAUAUAGUUUUUAUUGGACAGCAUCCAUGCAGGCCUCCAUAGCUGCUCCCAAGCAGAGGUGUGAAAGGGUGCCAGUUGCUUCUUAUUUCUGCCUGCCCGUGAUAAAUUUUAUACUAGGUUAAGCAACAACACCAAGAUAGAUGCUGAAGACAAUUAAAAGGUCUUGGGCUGAUCUCUAGUUCACUUACACCUGACUUGUAAAUAUGCUGGCAGUGUACUUGAAUUUAAGUAGCUAAAUCUGCAAUCCCACUCUAUUAAAACAGAUGAGUGCUCUGCCAUUGACUUUCAAAUAGGCAUUGGGUUGCAUCUCAAAUGUCAUAGCUCCAGCUCAGCUGGCCUGGGGGUUGUUGUCUCAGUUAAUACAGUUUUAGGGCUAGCAAAUGUAGACUGCUACUCUCCCUAUCUGUGUUUCUGAAUGGCUAAACUUAUGUGCUUAUUAUUUCAGUGGUACCUCGGUUUAAGAGCAGUCUGGUUUAAGAACGAUUUGGUUUACAAACUCCGCAAAACCAGAAAUAGUGUCUUGGUUUGAGAACUUUACCUCGGUUUAAGAAUGGUUUUGGUUUAAGAACGGACUUCCGGAAUGGAUUAGGUUUGUAAACCGAGGUACCAUUGUAAUAAGUUUGUAUAAUGCCCUUCAUCUAAAGAUCACAGGGCAGUUCACCUUUUGCAUACACACCUUCUGUAACCUUUCUCUGUUGUCAUGCUGACCAACAUCUCUCACCAGGAUGUAUUCAUUGAUGUGACAGAAAUGCUUCUCUAGAUGGAAGCUGCAAUUAUUGUUAUUACCAUCAUCCUGGCAGCUCUCUAAUUGUGCUUAUCUCCAGAAUGUAGGUUAUCAGGGCUGUGCUACUAGUAUUCUGUCAGUUCAUCAGAUUGUGGUAUCAUUGACAACAGCCAUGGUGAAGCUGUUGCUUGCAACACUUAAAAAUAUUAUUUGCUUCAGCCAAGAAGCUUUCAAGCUGCAUUCCUAGAAAUGGGGCCUUGAAAUGAAAUAUUUCUCAGUGGUGGUGUUGGCCAACUUGGUGUCCUCCAGAUGUUUUGGGCUGCAGUCUUCACCAGUCUAAUGAGAGCACCAGUCAUUGAAGCCAGACUUCCUGAAAAUUAUUUUUUCCAUAAGUGUUCCCUUGUAAUGAACAGCUGCUGAGGGAAGCUGGUGCAGGCAUAUGCAGUUGCAUGUGGGAACAGAUUCAACAGGUCUGCCUAUCUCAAGGCUGGGAAACCUGUGGGAGUUGUAGUCCAGCAACAUAUGGGCAGAGGUUCCCCCAUCCUUAGCCUAGCACACCAGAUGGACUCCCUAGGACACACCCCAGAAUCCUUUGCACUGCAGUCACUGCUACUUUAUAUGAAAGGAAUAUCAGUAAGCAAUGGAGAAAUGAGGUGGCUGAAACAGAAUUAUUGUAAAUAUGUGGAUUAGCUUGCUUUUGCAGAGUCAUGCAGUGGGUGGCCACAUGUUUGAAUUGCACUAGGUAUGUCUGAAACUAAGAAAUUGCCUGCUAUUCCCAUUUAGUGUGUCAGUUGAAAUAACCUUUAACACAGACGUGAGCUGUGGUCCUCCAAAGGUUGGUUGAUGAACUCCUACAACUCCCAUCAUCCCUUACUAGUGGGGCCAUGCUGUCUGGGGCACUUGGGAGUCCAACAGGAACAUGUAGAGAGCCACAGGUUCCCCCUCCCUUUACCCUAAUGCAUAUUUGAUCAGUGAUGUUAUAGGAGCAAAGGAAGCUGCCUUCUGACUGGGAGUGGCUUUUUGGGGUUUCAGGCAGGGGACAGUCCCAACUCUACCUGGAGAUGCCAUUGGGGAAUGAACUUGGGGCCUUCUGCAUGCAUGUGCUGUCAGGGCAUGUUUGUGUGGCAUUGCUGCAUCCUGCACCUCUUUGGAGGAAGGCAUCACCCCUUUGGGAAUGUUCUAAGCAGCAGGAAUGGGGACCUUAACUAUUACCUCUAAGCGGCAGUUCUGCUGCUGAUCUUGUAACUUCACAGCUCCAAUGAAAAAUGCUGGAUGAUUUAAACACAAACUUUCCCUCUUACACUCCUCAAUCCAUGUGGAUGAAAGAAGAAAGAAACUGGACCCUAAAAAUGAGCUUGGGGAGAGGUGCAUUGUGACCAUUGGGCACCUAAAUCUUGCUACAUCUCCUGCCAUCCAGGCUCUGAUAGACCUUAAUUCCCAGGCUCCUUAAGGCUAUAUUUAAGAAUAUCUGUGAGUGUCUCCCUAACAGCAGGUGUUAAGCUUGUAGUUCCACCACUAGUUUAGCUAAACAGGCAGCAGAUCUUUCUGUCAUGCUGAAUAACUGCUUUCUGGAGGGUUUGUUCUUGUGUAAGAGUGUAGGAUCUGAUAGCUUAGGUAGCUGGUGAUAUAGAAGUUCGCACAUCAACUAUGGUAUGUGUGGUAGGUUAGGCUGAGAGGCAGUGACUGGCCCAAGGUCACCUGGUGAGCUUCAUGGAAGAGUAAGGAUUUGAACCCUGGUCUCCCAGACUGGUUCGCUCUCUCCAUACUGACUCGGCCUUUUCUUUUCUUUACAAAUGUUUUCCAUAAAUAGGAAGGGUGUUUGCAAAAAACAGAGAGGAACUGAUUAGGGGUGUGGUACUGAACUUGAAAACCAUUUCUGCAUGAGAAGGCGCAGUGAACUUUUUAGAUAAGAGGAUAGGGCUAUCCAUAACUACAAGCCACAGUAGCUCUCUCCUAAUAAUAUUUCUUACUUUUCAGUCCCACCCUUCCUCCCAAAGGAGCCCAGGGUGGCAAAUGAAAUUGUUAAAAAAGUACAAUUAAAGCAAAAACAUAUUUGAAAUAUUUAAGAAGAUUAAAAACAUCCACCUCUAGAGGCGGUUGUGGGAAUCAUAAGUGGGGAGACUGCUGGUUUGCUCAAGUUCUUUUUGUGGGCUUUCUUUCGGGGCUUCUGGUUGGCUGCUUUGAAAACAAGGUGCGGUGCUGAUCUGAUAGGCUCUUCUUCCAUUCUUAAGAGAAGGUAUGGUAACAGCAAAAUAAGAUAAACAUCUGAAGCCCAAGACUAGGCAAAAAACUUUGGGAGGUGGCUCAGUGGUGACUUCAUAUACAAUGGGCAAUAAGUUCUUUUCUUGCCUAGUAACUACACCCCACCCUGUCCUGACUUUGUAUAGCAAAUUCAGCACUCUUGAGUGACCCUGAACAGAUGCAGCCUCCCCUUUCUGCCCGGGUUUGGCAGGUUCAUUUCUCGAGCCCGUUUCUGAGGGUUCAGAAGUCUCACUGGUAAGACAUGGUGCUCCUUUCUGUGUCCCGCCCUGCCCUAGUGCAUGAAACCUCCAAAUAGGUUUGUGUUAGGAAUAAUCAACACAGUUCCUAUAAAACACUUGGGUGUGCAAAAUGCUUCUUGUGUUCUCUUGGAAAUCCUUCCAACAAUCUUGUAGGCCAGUAUUGUUAUUCCCAUCUUGCAGAUUGAGACAGCCAAGGCUUGAGAGAGCAUGGCUUGUGUUGGCCCAUUUAAUUAGCUCAUCACAGAGAUUUGAACAAUAUCUGUUUAUUUAAAAUAUUUUUAUGUUGCCCUUUUAGCAGAGUUUCCAAUGCAGUACACACACACACAAAAUCAUAUCACAUAAAGUAGCAUUACAUGAUAUGAUAAAUUAUAAUUUUGUUGCUACUUUAAAAAGCCCAUUUAAUAAAAAGUGUCUGAGCAUCAUCUACGAGAAGUUUAAGCAAAAGUUCAGGACUAAUGUAGUUCAGUGGCUGGCCAUUCAGGGGCUGGCUCUUCACAAAAGAAACUCCUGCCCUCCCACCUCUCUUCUGGGAAUCCAGUCCAUUCAUGUGUGCUGAGUUAGCAUUCUGGGGCAAAUGCCAGUGUUAUUCUGUUGAAUGCUUCCGAGUAAUCUCCGGAAAACAGUGAACCUCUUUCUGAGCUCAGGCGGCAGUUUGGACAAGUGUGGCUGGCUGCUAUGUUUGCACAGUAAAAGUCUAAUUUUUCUCUAGAGCUUGGUGAGGUAGGCAGGGAUCUAUUGGUAGAUGCCUAUGCAAUUUGAAGUAGAUCAGUGAGGACCUCAGACUCCCUGUUGCUUAGCAAUUUUAUUUAUUAUAUUUAUAUUCUACCUUAAGGGCUAUAAGUCCUUCCAAGGUGGCUCCCAAAAUCAGAAUACAUGAAUGAAAUCAAGUGUAACGCCAAAAUAAUCCCCCCCUCUAAAUUACACUUCUGACAUGAAGAAAGGUCAUGGGGUAGCUAGAGUAGAUUUUUGUGUGGAAGGCCUGUGAGGUUAGUUCAAAAGCAAAUCCCCAGGUUAAGAGUCCUUUAGUCCGAAGCUUGUACAUUUUGCAUCUGGCUCAAGCAGAUUCCUGCAAGCCUAAAGUCUGCCCACUCCUACUAUAGAGACUUGCGUGUGUUGGAAGUUGCAUUAGGAAUAGGGGUCCACAUAUUUUGACAGACCUUGGUCACUAGCCAAAAUCUGAGGUUCCCCCUCAGCUUCGGCGCCACUUGAAAUCUGUUGCUGUCUCAGUACAUUUGAGGCUGUGGGUGAUUACGUUCCCUAUACUUGAUCAAAAAAAGUAUGGUCUUCUUCCCUAGCAAACAUCACCAGGGGACCUCUGCACUUUGAAUUUUGCUUUGGCCUGGCUUUAUGAUACUGCCACAGGAUGCCUUGGUGGCUAGUGUCUUAGAUGGUUUAAGAUGGGGCUAGUCAAAUUCAGGGAGGAGGAAGCUGUCAGUGGAGGCUAUGAGGUACUUCUCUGCAUGUCCCCUUCCAAGAGAAGUUUGGACACUGGGAAGAAGAGAAUGGGCCUUUUCAAGGAGCGCCCUCUCCAAUAAAAUCCGCUUAGCACCUAUACAGUUGUCUUUUGGGGUCUAGGUGAAGGUGUUUUCAUUCUCCCAGUCAUCUGAGCAUCUAUAAAACAAUCAUGUUCUUGUUUUAUAGCAGACUAUUGUAGAUAGAACACUUUUAGUGUGCACUAUAAUUUUAAUGGAUAUGUUUGCUGUGCAUUGUGUUUUGGUAUUUUACUCUCUGUUGCUUUGAGACUUCCUUGGUCAUGUGUCAUGGCAAAUAAAGUAAAUAAAUAUCUAUGGAACCUCCAGCUUCACAUACACUAUGUGUCAGAAGGCCAGCUACCAGGGAGCCAAGAAUAGGAGCAGGCCUUUAUGCCCUGCUUGUGGGCAUCUGGCAAGCUACUGUGGGAAGGAGGGCACUGGACUUGAUGGGCAGCAUAGUCUUUUCUUCCCCCAACUUAUGUCCUUAAUACGUCUUUGCCCCUUGUGCCUAGGUGAAGAGGAAUGGCGGUGCCUGGGAUGUGGGGACAGCAUUGCAGCCGGCCAGCGACUCUACAGGACUGUUAAUGAGGCAUGGCACAUUUCCUGUUUCCGGUAGGUGAAAUUAACCCUGGAUCCUUGCCUUUCUUGGGAGCCUGACCCUACUUUCUCAGCGUGGGUGGGCUUGAUUCCAUGAAAGAUUAUGCCAUGAUAAAGGUGUUUGGGUUGUAUCCAGCUAAGCCAUGCUUGAACUUCAAUUUGUCAAAAAGUCCAUUGACUUUAGGACAUAGGCCACAGUCACACCAUACAUUUAAAGCACUAUGAUACCACUUUAAACAACAAUGGCUUCCCCCAAAGAAUCCUGGCAACUGUUGUUAAGAGUGCUGAGAGUUGUUAGGAGACCCCUGUCCGUCCGUCCGUCCCCCACUGAGCUACAAUUAAAUCCUAGAGUGGUUUCUCUCUUCCCAGGAAACUCUGGGAAUUGUAGUUCUGGGAGGGGAAUGGGAGUCUCUUAACAACUCUCAGCACCCUGAACAAACUAUAGCUCCCAGAAUUCUUUGGGAGAAGUCAUGAUUUUUUAAAGUGGUAACACGGUGCUUUAAAAGUAUGGUGUGAAUGAGUCCAGAGUCUGACUACAUUCCCUUCAUCCUUAAGGGGCUGCUAGACACUUUGUUCUUUUUGCUGCAACCUCUCUGGAAACUGUUACAGAAGUUUAGAAGCAGUAGAUGACAGGAGAGUUUGGGUGGCCCGUCCUCUCUGUUUUCCCCUCUAGGAGAAAACAUUUCUCUUUUUGAGUUUCCUUUAAGACCUGAUCUGUGGAUUUAUGCAUAUUUAUUCUGCUUCCCCUGUCCCAUCUGCUUGCUUUUUUUUUUAAGUGUUUACUGUGAUUUAAUUAUGUUAUUAAUUGAGUUUGUGCUUUUAUCUUCUUUUUUCCUUUUUUGUAUUUUUGCAUCAUUGUAAGCCACUUUGAUUUAAUAGAAAAGUGUGGUCAAAAUAUUAAAAUAUUAAAAAUGAAACUAAAUGCAGCUUGCUGACCACUCAGGUGCGGACAGUGGUGCUGACCAAACUGUUCCUUGCUGUUCUGGCAAAACCAGCAAUAAUUUGGUAGCUUGUUCUCCACCUUCUGCUCACCCUGGUGAAUGCUGCUGUCACCCUCUGGGGAGCCCCACCUUCCUUUUCAGCUUGGAGCUGGGAAGAGGGUGGUGACAACAGUUUUAUUGAGCUUUGGAAGUUGCAAUGCUUCCCUGUUCUGCUCCAAGCUGGAAAGGACGAUGGACCUUCUGAACACCAGAAAUGUAAAUUAUUGGAGAAAUUGAAACGCUGCACGUCUCUGAGAAGGUGAAAAAGCAAACUGUUGAAUUCUCCUGAAAUGCAUUUGUGGUGCUACUGCUCUUACGACUUUCCAGCUACAGUGAGCAAAAAUGGCUAAUGUUGAAAGGAACUAUAUCUGUGUUUGUUUAUGAGUCAGGCACUGGUAUGCGCUUUCCCUCCCCCAUCUGCUUUUGCCUUUUGCACCUCUAAGGUUUCCUAUUGUGAGGGUGAUGUUAAAGUUCCCUUGUGUAACUGUAAAUUGGAAGGCUGAAAGCAGCCACAGCCCCUUCUCCAGUUGGUGGGUGUGUAGUCAUCUUCACAUGGGAGCCUGUGAGAGCAGAGAUGCUGGCUGGCUGGCUGGCUGAUGAGCAGCCCAGAUUGUGCUAUGGGCUAGAUAAAUGAUGGACUUGUGCCCUGUGCAUCAUGCCACCCACAUUCUGGGGUACUCUAGUCAGCAGAAGCAACAACUGGUGGAGUCUCUGUCCCUCCUGGGUUGACUACCAAGACCUGCAGCUGUUGAAUGGUCAAUCUUUGUGCUGGUUUAAGUGUGUUACCAUUUUUUACCGUUAUAUGUAUGUAUACAUUCAAGAUUAAAGUGGUUUACUACAGUCGUCCAUAUACCGUAUUUUUUGCUCUGUAAGACGCACCAGACUAUAAGACGCACCUAGUAUUUGGAGGAGGAAAACAAGGAAAAAAAUAUUCUGAAUCCCAGAAGCCAGAACAUCAAGAGGGAUUGCUGCGCAGCGAUCCCUCUUGCUGUUCUGGCUUCUGGGAUAGCUGCGUGAAGCCUCUUCAGGGCAGCGGGAUGAAGGCUCCCCCUGCCCUGAAGAGGUUUCGUGCGGCUAAGCCAGAAGCUAGAACAGCAAGAGGGAGCGCUGUGCAGCGAUCCCUCUUGAUGCUCUGGCUUCUGGGAUAGCCGCGCAGCAUGCAUUCGCUCCGUAAGACGCAGACACAUUUCCCCUUACUUUUUAGGAGGGAAAAGGUGCGUCUUAUAUAGCGAAAAAUACGGUAAGUGCCAAGUAAUAAAUUUAAAUCAGACACCCGCUAGAUACUAAAGAUAGAUCUUUUCUUAAUUACCUACAUAAGCCUGGCAACACUGAAAAUUUUCCAGCAGAGAUGUAAAGAUUAUGAAGGAGAAGGUGCCUGCUUAAUUUCUAUUGACAGAGCUGGGUCUCUGACACUAAAGGCUUGGUUUCUUCUUGCUGUUAAAUGAGCCUUGCUAGCUUGGGACAUGACCAGCAAUGCUCCGGUAGAUGAUCUCAGUGAUCAAGCUGGCAUAUAAGGGUACGUGAUCCCUAACAUUUAGGGAUUUGUACGUUUACAAUAGAUUAAUUUUAUUUGCAACUGGUGGUGUGAUGGAUGCUAGUGUCUCCAAACCAUUGGAGCUAAGCUGGCUGGCUUGACUUCCUCCUCCUUGGGCCAGUGGUUGAAAUGAUAUUUUCUGCAGUAAUAUUUAUUUUACAAAGCACCUAGCUGCAGUAUAAUGAUUGUGAAUGCAGAGCAUAGUCCCUGUGGCUAGUAGCCAUUGAUAGUCUUAUCCUCCAUGAAUUUGUCCAAUCCUCUUUUAAAGACAUCACUCCCUCCUACAAGAGCAGUUUUCAUAGUUUUAACCAUGCUUUGCGUGCAGAAGUUCUUUCUUUUAUCUGUCCUGAAUCUUACAACUUCAUUGAAUCCCCACAACUUCCAGUGUUGCGAGAGAGGGAGAAAAAAAUGGCAGUCCUCCUUUCCAACUGUCUGGACUGCUUUGUCCUUUAUGUGUAGCCGAACGAGCCCUUGAAAGGGCUUUGCAGGGGCUGUAGCCGCUGCAGGGGACACUCCUCAUGUCCUUUGAGUGGAAAUGACUCAGUUCCGCCCGUCCUUGACUUCCUUACGGUUGCAUAGAGUUCUAACGCACUCUGCAAAAGAAGACGACCUGGUUGUGUCGGGAAAAGAAAAAUCCCUGCCAAGUACUCGAGCCCAGGGAUCCAUGUGCCCUGCAGUUAGACAACAUCCCGCUGCCAGCUGCAAUCUCUGCUUUCCUUUUUGUUCUCUGAAACGGACUCAGGACACUUCAAACAGUUUGCGUUCAACAGUUACAACAGAGAAAAUGUUCCCCAUCCCGGAAAGCAAAAGCACAACCCUUUUCCUUGCUUGGAGGAGAGUGGCGAAUGGGUGGUUGUUUGUUUUAGCACACGGAUUCCCCCUUUCCCUCCCUCCCUCCCUCUCUAUCCUUCUUGCUUGCUUUGAACAUUCCCGUGCCAAACUUUUAAGAGGCUGCUGCUGGCGGUGGAAAGCCUUUGGCAGCUCGGAGCUGCAAGUUCCGGCAACUCAAGUGGAGGCUGUUGACAGGCUUCCUGGAGGGAUUAGCUGACUUCUUGGCCUGGCGCGGAAUCACACUCAUGUGUUAGCUGCCCCUUCUGCCAGGCUCCUUAGCUCUGUUCCAGAGGGCUGCCCUGCACAUUGUUUGUGCCACUUGGGGCCAGACCUCUGUGGUGUGUGAAUCUGCCUACAGCAGCCUUCUCCAUCCUGACAGCUUCCAGAUGUUCAGGACUCCCAAGACCCAUUGGCCCCAGCAUCAUACAGCCAUGCUACCUGGGGGUGAUCAGAACUGUAGUCCAAAACAUCUGGAGGAGGGCACCAGGUUGGGGAAGGCUGGUCUAAGGCUAAAGACAAUUCUAUGAUUCUAUGAAUUUGGACCAUGGUUUGUUGUCAGCAGACAGACCAUAGUUAACCUGCCAGGCAGGGUUCACACUCAAUGCUAUAAGCCGUGGUUUACUUAACUGCGGCGUAACACUUUGUGCGGUAUCUGCACAGAGCCUUGGAAUGUAAGGCAGCAGAAGAAACUUUGCCUCUCCCCUCGUUCCCUCUUUGACUGAUUCUGGCUGCUACAGGAAGCUCUACCUGAUGUGCCCCCGGGGAGAGAUUGGAACUCCUGCAAGCUAAUAAUCUGUUGGGUGUGCCUCCUAGGAGCGGUUGCCAAGUGGCAGCGCCCCUGUGUCCCCAUGAGCUGUGCUAACAAGCGAGCGCUCACGAGCCGCUUGCAGGUGGAGGAGCAGGAGAAGGUCUGUUUUGCUGAGCUGCUGAGAGCCAAACUCAGUGUGAUUAGGCUGCAACUGAACUUCUGUGGUGUGAGAUAGGUUGGGGGUGCAUAAGGAGAAGUUGUAACCCUGCCUGCUCUUAGUAGGAUGCCAUGCCCAGAACUAGUUCCUGAUGGAAGGAAAAAUAACUUUAGACUGAAAAAGCAGAUUUGGUGAGGGGUCCACUCACCCUAUUCUGCACUCUCUGUUUGGCAGCUGUCCCAAAUCUCCUUGAUUUGAGGUUUUUACGUGGAGGUUGAAUGGCCAUCUGUCUGGGGUUCUUUAGCUGCAAAUCCUGCAUUGUAGGGUGUUGGACUAGAUUGUCCUUGGGCAGGCUUCCUCAAACUCAGCCCUCCAGAUGUUUUGAGACUACAAUUCCCAUCAUCCCUGACCACUGGUACUGCUAGCUAGGAAUCAUGGGAGUUGUAGGCCAAAAACAUCUGGAGGGCUGAGUUUGAGGAAGCCUGCCCUUGGGGGUGCCUUCAAACUCCACAAUGCGAUGGUUCUAUCUGGCACCCUCAGGAUAUUUCUGACUCCCAAUGCCCACCCACCUUGGCAAUCACAGGUCAGGUUAGGUCUGAUGGGAGCUGUAGUCCAACACAUCUGGAGGGCACCAGUUUGGGUAAGGCUGAAGCUGGGAUACAGCAAACUGGGUCGCUCUGCCUUACAAUCUUUUCUCUGCCUUUGUCUUCUGGGGCAGGUGGGCCCUGUCGGCUUGACACUCUUUCAAGAUAAGCCCCGGGUGUCCCACGUGAGAUGCUUCCUGCCUGUGUUGGGAUGUGAUUUUUUUUUUUUUUAAUAAUGGGGUAAUUGCUCAUAAUCGCUCACUUCAAAAGCUGAACUUCCUGGUGCGUGCAUUCUUCUCUUUAACAAUGCAAGCGGGUGCAGAGCUCCUGGCUGCCGCCAGCUUGGCCUCUGGGGUGAUCUUAUUUACGGUUUUAACCUGUGGUGCUCUGGAGGGCUUGGCUCUUGUUGCACUUCCCUGAUAGUCUGCUGUCGGUUUCCUGGCCAGCUCUGCCCCUGCCAUGAGUGUGUGUGAAGACCUGGUAUUAUUAUUAUUAUUAUUAUUAUUAUUAUUAUUAUUAUUAUUUGGGGGCGGCAUUGUUGCCAGCCACGUCUGCCGCUUUGGGUAGGACUGGUAGAGCUAGCUUGUGGGGCACCAGUCCACUGGUUUAUUCUGCUGUUCCCUUCACAGUUCUCGCCACAACAGUCAAAUCUAUCAUCUUUGCCAUGAAUAUAGCAGUGGUGUGUGUGUCUGGCAGCAGUGGGGUGAAUGCUGACUUCAAAAAUGUCUCCCACCUGGAAAAAAUCUCUGCUUCUGCCUCCCUUUCCUGUCAAAUAGCCCCUGCCUCAGUUUAAUGGGUCACGCAUCCAUGCUCCAUAGGAAUUUAAUUAUUCCUAUGCUCUUUCGCUGAUCAUUGUUUCUGUUUCUUUUAAAAGGAUUUGUCUUUUUGCACAUACCCCUUCCCUAAAUAACCCUGGGAAUUGCAGUUUACCCCUCAAAGAGCUACAGAUCCCAGCACCCUUAAACUAUUUUUAUGUGAAUGUUUAUAUUGGUUUUUGAAUUAUCGUUAUAUAUUACGUAAACUGCUUGGAGAUUUCUUUCUUUUUUAUUAGUGAGUGCUAUUAAAUAUAUAUAAAUAAAUAAUGUUGAUAACCCCCCCCAUCCCCUCCAGACACACGCAAAAGAAUUUGUACGUACAGAAGCUUUUCUCUUGUGAGAGAAGGGUAGGGUUCAGUCUAGCCUGUUCCUUGGGCAACAGUUAAUGUGUCACCAAAGGAACUGCAAGGAAUGUGCCUGGGGUCUCUCUUCUCCUGAGGCAUCUGGAGGUGGUCUUUGCAUUUUUCAGCUCUUCGCAUCUCAAUGGCAAUAGCUUAGGGGCACAUUCCUGACUGCCCUUGGCUCCCCAUCCUUAGCUGCCUGGCUAGCUGUGCAUUCAAGUGCAGGAACUGCCUCAACUAGUAUAAUCACCAAACCUUGGGGCAGGAAUUGAGGGGGAAAGGCCUUGCUAGUGUUUCCAGCUUCUUAAACCAAAGGUGGAGGAUCUCUACUGUGCUGGAGUUCUGUGCUGUCAAAUAGUGUUGUCCCUCCCUGAAAUGAGCUGCAAUGAGUUUGCUGGAAGGGCCAUAGCUCAGUGGUAGACCAUGCAGAAAGUCCCAGAUUCAAUCCCCAAGAUAGAGAGAACUCUAUCUUGAAACCCUGGAGAGCCACUGCCGGUCAGAGCUAGAUGGACCAAGGUUCUGUCUCCAUGUAAGGCAACUUUCUAUGUUCACUAAGCUCACAGGGGUGCAGGCUGAAGCCAUGCUUAACCAAGAAAUCACAGCGACAAUGAACAGGUUACCCAGGAGAAGAAUCACUGUUUCCGUGUACAUUUUUCUUGCUUCUUUUAAUAUGUUUUGGCUGUGUAAACACCAUACAUUUAAAGCACACUUAAAACACAUUCCCCUCCCAGCAAAAAUAAAUAAAUCACGGGAGCUGUAGUUUAUUGCUAACACAGCUGCAAUUUGCAACACCCUUAACAAACUACAAUUCCCAGGAUUCUUGGGGAGGGGGGGUGCUUUUAAAGUAUGCACAACUCCCUUUAGGGCUUCAUCCCUGUGAGAGAAACACAACACAACAAAAGGGAGUUGUGCAGAUAAUGCAAAACAAAUGGGAAGCAAAUGUAUGCCAGCUUUGCACUCAUCCAGUCAUGAGAAAAGAGCCUGAGAGCAGAAAUGUAAGACCCCCUAUGCAAGACCCAAUGAUUUAAAAGUGAGUUUAUUUAACUGAUGAUAAUCUGAGCACCUUAUGAAGCAACGAUAAGUGUUUGGAGGCAAAGGGACCUUGAAAUGACACCUGUAGAAGCUUCUUAGCUUUACGUUGGUAAAGCUUAAUCUUUCUGGAAGUGGCUCAGAAAUGUUAGAAGAUCUAUAAGCAGUGUACUAAUCAAUGUCUAAACAACGAAGAGCUUGUGGCACCUAAAAAAAGGCAAAGUAGUACAUGUCGAAUCACACUAAAUUGAUUAUUUGUUCUUUAUUGGGCAAUGAAGUGUUAUCUUCCUUGCUUCCUGCUGUGUGUGCAAAUUUGUGUAUGGAAGCUGCUUUGCAGGUCUCUCUUCAAAAGCAGAUCAAGUUUUAUGACAAAUAUAUUUCCUGUUUAUAGAGAAUCUCAUGAAGCCAACGCUCCAAAUGGAAUCUCUUAGCAGGGCUUUUAGCUGUCUUCGUUUCUUAUAGUUUUCACGCUGGGCUCUUGCAAGUUGGCCUCUCAUGCAGAAGUGCUGUGUUAAUCACACAGCAGGACAUCAUAAAUUUAGAUUUGAGGAUUAUCUAUAUGGAUCUUUUUAGAUCAAGUGGGGGCAAAUUUCAGUUCAUGAAAUCAAACACUGGGGCAAAUACUCUGUGCUGUUCUUUCUUUGUCCUGCCUACUCCCCCCACCCCAAAAAAGUUGAGGAUGUGAAGCCAAUAAGGGACUUGCCAAUUAUUCCGUGGCAGUUUUUGUUCAUGGUAUGGAACUAAUAAUCCAAAAGGGGCUGGGAUAUGAGGAGGGCAUGGAAAAGAGGAGUGCAUUCCUAGACGCAAACUCACUGCAUUGUUUCUGUUUCCAGUGGAGCUCUGUGCAAAUGGUCAGGAGGAAAGACUCCCUCUUCCUGAAACAGAUGGACUGUGUCAGGAUUUAUGACCCUGGUGUCACUGACUCUGCACUUUACAGCCGGCUUAAAAGCCCAGCUAAGUGGAAGAUCCUGGCAAUUUACGGAGGUUAUUUUUACAUAAAUGUGGCUGGCUGUCAUGUGUGUGUGUACACACACAUGCCUUGCAAUUCAACUCCAUUUCUUAGGAAACUUUAGCCACAGGUGUCAACCCAGCACCUAAUGUGCUUCUGUUCUCUGCCGCCAAGCCUACCCUUAUCCUGAAAGGAAACCUCUUAAAAAAUCUGCAGCAUCUGGAUUUCAACUUCAUAGCCCUAAUGUGUCAACAGACUCUGCAGCAGCAGGCUUCGGGUGCCAGAGUGCAGCAGGCAGAAGCAACCCCAGCAGAAAGUUCUUCUGUGCAGGCUCCACUGAAAUGAAUGAAAACAAUGGCAAUGAUGAUUUCAGGGGGGGCUUGCGCAGGAGAAAUUCCUGGUACAUCAUAGCCCAUGUCACCUUGAGAUACUGCUUGGCUUUUCCAUCUUGGGCACCCAAAUGUUGCCUUGUCAAAUAUGAAAAGCAAUGGGGUUAAACUAGAACUCAUUGUCCUUUACAGUGUUACCUCGGGUUACAUACGCUUCAGGUUACAGACUCCGCUAACCCAGAAAUAUUACCUCAGGUUAAGAACUUUGCUUCAGGAUGAGUACAGAAAUUGUGCUCAGGCGGCGCAGCGGCAGCAGGAGGCCCCAUUAGCUAAAGUGGUGCUUCAGGUUAAGAAUAGUUUCAGGUUAAGUACAGACCUCCGGAACGAAUUAAGUACUUAACCCGAGGUACCACUGUAUAUUCAACAAGGCAACAUUUUCUGGGGAAUAACAUAAUGUAAUGCACAACGGGUCAGAACACUGGGGAACAUACAUAAUCCUUUGUAAAUCACUUAAAUAAUUUUAAAUCAAGGAAGCAGUAUACAGAUUUAGUUUUUAUAAAACGCACAUUUAGAUUUUUCUGCCUUGCCCUGUCCCAAGGACUUGAGGGAUGUUGCAAUGUAUCUCUUUUAUCCUUGCAUCCUGUCUGAGGCUGGUUGCAAGACUGAGAGCUGUCAGCUUGCCCAAGGCCAUUCUGUGGGCUUCAUGGCAUUUGAGCCUGGGGCUCCCUUGUUGAAGCACCAUCAGAACAGAACUGUUCACAGGCAUGGGUGGUGACAUAACUGCAUUCACAACUAGAUAUGCCUUCCCAGUUGCCUUUCCUUUUUGGCUAACAAAGAAGAAUGCUUGAACUUGAAGGUUUGUACAAUUUUAAAAAAAGAAAAAACCUGGCAUAGCACUAGCCUUGGUUAGUUCUCUCCCUCCGUUCCCUGGAUUUUAGGACAAAGAGGCACCCAUGCUGCACAGGAAACUUUGCGACACGAGGCAGCUCUGAGAAGCAUACCUGAUUGAUCUUUCUCUCCCUCCCAGCGCUAAAAUCUGUGUAAGGGGAUUGAGCGAUGGUUUGUUAGGGAACGACAGGAGGACAUUCAAGUCCCAAUUGUGGGCUUCCCAGAAGUCACUGGCGGGCGAAUGUGGGAAGCAAGGUCCUUGAGAGCCAGUGUGGUUAGAGUGUUGGACUAGGAGGACCUGGGAGAUCGGGGUUCAAACUUCCAUGCAGUCAUGUGAAGCUCACUGUGUGACCCUGGGCCAGUCACUAAUGCAAAUCCUAGCCUAUCUCACAGCGUAGAAUCAUAGAGCUGUAGAGUUGGAAGGGAUCAUGAUGGUCAUCUAGUCCAACCCCCUGCAGUGCAGGAAACCUUUGCCCUACAUGCAGCUUGAACCCACAACCCUGUGGGACCCCCAAGCAUAAAUGUCAAAAAGUUCAGCAGAAACCCUCCAUUGUUAUCACCUGGGAUUGGACGUUCAGAUAAGGAGGGGAAAUAUACAGAACCUGUUUCCCUACUCCUCCAACCCCAUGAUUCAUAACCUUUUCCAGAAGAUAGCUAUGGUGGAUAGUAUCAGAGAGGUCAAGGAGCGUUAAUGCCUCCGGUCUUCCAGCAAAGGGCAACCGAGGCAGCUCCUGCGCCCAAACCAAGCCUAAACCUCCACUUAAAAUGGAUCCAGGAAAUCAUAAAGUGUCGGCAACCACUCACGUGAUGUCCUGGCCUGGGAAGGAAAUGUUAUCUGCUAAGUGAUAACUGUUCACCUCUUCUAUGUCUGAGGCAGGUCUCCUUAGGAGCAGGCAUGUCACAGCUGGGACCCCACCCCCCACCACACUCUUUCCCAGAUAGGCAUUUAGCAUCUCUGAAGCUCAACUGGCUCCUGCUACAUGCAAUAAGUCAAAUGGGACAAGGCUGGCUCUUGUUGGUCAGUACCCUUCCACCUCCUCAAGCCAUAAGAAGUGAAAUUCAUCGCAUCAAAGUUGAGGCAGGUGGUGUCCGGACACCUCCUUUGGCUGCUCUGCAUUAGCCAUGGUAUUCAGUGGUGAAAGUGAUUGGACACAUCCACACCAACCAUUCAGUGCGCAUGUGAGGCAUGUGGGUCCGCCCCACCAAGAAUCCUGGGAGCUUCCAUUUGCCCCCACCCUUAACAAACUACAACUCCCAGGAUUCUUGUGGGGAAACCAUGUGCUUUAAAUAUAUGGUGUAGAUGUGUCUUGCAAGCCUCUGGCAAACCUUUUGGAGCAUGCUGCUAGGGUUAUGUCCUGUUUCCUUGGCUGGGAAAGGUGAAGAUGGUGUUGAGGAGCCACCAUCGCCACCACGGAGUCAACUUGACAGUGAGCUUUGAUUACUGGCUCGAUCCUGCAACUUUGGACUGCUGUGGUGCGUUGGUUUGUGGUUUUUUUGCGGAGGAGGGAGGUUUGUGCCUUGCAGGCCCCUGGAUUCCACCUUUUGUAAAUGAGUUGUUGCUAUCCCCUGCUAAUCAUGUUAACUAUCCACCUCACUCCUGAAAAGAGGAGCUCCUCCUCCUGUUCCCUCCACCCUCUACCCUUGGGCUAGAACUGGAGGAGGAGGAGGAGGAGGAGGAGGAGGAGGAAGCAUGACAACAACUGCUCUAGCCUUGGGCGGGCACAAGGCUAAUGACACUGCUCUCCCUUGAGGGGCUCCCAGUUGAAACAGCCUCCUCCUAAGGCUGCUGCUCCCCUUGCGACCAUGAGAGCCAGGGGAAUCCCAGCGGAGAGCAACCCGCCCAAGACCUGGCACUCCCCUGCGCUAGCAGCAGCAGCAGCGAGGCACCCGAAUCGGCAGGAGGCAAAGUGAACCCUUUUCCAUGGCUGUCUUAGCUGCACGGUAGAAGCCGUCAAACAGGUUUGCGUCUGAGCUGGUGUAGCCAGCACUCCGGAGAUGGGAAGCUACUUGUCUGCUCCACCUUCCUUCCUUCCAAAGGAGCCCUUUCGGUAAGCCAUGCUCAGUAUGUGGGCGGUGGGGGGCAGCUUCCUCUCCACCACCCCUCGCCCCACUCCUAGGCUGUUAGGUGUGUUUCUACCCAGGAAUCUACCUGCCUGGUAGAAAUCUUUCAGGUAGGAGGGCACAGUCUGUAUGCUUUCUUACCUGCUUAAGGUGGGGUGAGACGUGAUAGGUUGCUAGCAGCGUUUGCAGGUUCAUUUGGGUGUGUGUGUUGUGUUUCAACCUACAGCACCUGAAGCCUCACAUCUUGUUUGCUGGUGUGGUGUGUUAAAUGAUGGCAGGAGUUGUCUAACAGAGACCUUGUGGCCAUAAAGUUCGCUGGGUGACUUGGGGCCAGUUUAACUCGGAGACCGUAGGAGGGAUUCAAGCUGGUGCCGUACCUAUCAGAUUUCAGAUGCAUGGAUGAGCUGAGUACUGUAUAGCUUUUGAGCCGGGUUUCCAUAAACCUCUUUCGUUUCCAAAGCAGCCCCCUCGCCUCCUGGAUUAUUGCUUGUUUUAAGCCUGUCUUUCAAGUGAGCACCAGGCGCCAAGCCCUUAACUCCCACCUUGAGGGGUUUGUUCCCCGCCAGGAAGCGAGUGAAACUUGUGGCUAGUGGUGAGGUGGGUAAAUUGUGUUGGAAUCUCAUAAAAAAAAUUGGGUGCCACAAGGCAGACAUGCAAAUGGUUAGGAAGAACUUGGGGAAUCUGCUUUUAGGACUUGAUCCCUCCCUAUGGUGUGUGUUACUUUAUUUGUUUCAUUUUAUUCACCUAACAAUCUAAAUGCCACCUGAUUUGUAAACAGAACCCCUAAGCAGUUUGCAAAAAAGCAAACAAAUAAAACAAACAUUAAAAUGGUCAAUGGAAGGCAAAGUUAAAAAUAGGUAUUUUAAGUUUUUCAAAAUAUAAUUAAAGCCAACAGUCAAGGAACCGACAGACAGUUUAAAACACAUGCCAACAUGUCUGGAUGGGUUUGCCUGAAUGAAAACGUUUUAAGCAGGCACCUAAAGGAAUGCACCCGCCUGAUGUCAGUAGACAGUGAGUUCUAAUGGAUCGAUUUCUUACAAACCUGGAACAAAUACUAUGGAGCACCUGCAGCAGUGCCAGUUCUGCAGUUUGGAGCAGUCAGAAGGGUUUCUCACACGUGCCCUUACACAGUUAGCAUAAAUGUUAUCCAGUGUCUGUUAGAAUAUGCCUCCCAUUCCCCUUGUGUGCCUGCUCCUCUCCUCCCCCCACUUUAAUUGCAGCUGCUUCAGGAAUGUGCUUCUGACACAGGACAGACUCAGAAGCAUUUAUUUCAUCACAUGCAAAAGGCCCCCUGUUCAGUCUGUAUGUAGAAGUGAGAAAGAUUCCUGCCUGAAAUCCUGGAGAGCUGCUGCCAGUCAGUGUGGACAGUACUGAGCUAGAUGGUUCAAUGGUCUGACUUGGGAUAAGGCAACUUCCUAUGACUUUGUAAUCUGCAAGAGAGCAAGUACUUAGAUUUUUAUUUUUUUUAAACCAAUAUUAGCCAUGAGCUUCUCGAGUGAGGGUGUGGACUUAGGCAAGCUAUCAUUUCUGAGCCACUCCUCAUUCCCAUCUGAAAUAGGGUCUGCCUUAACAUGGUGACUGUAAUGAUUGUGGAAAUACUCACACGGUGUGCUUUGAACACUUAGGAACAGCACUGUAAUCCUGCUCUGUCAGUUGAGCAUGAGACUCUUACAGGGUUGUGGGUUCGAGCCUUACAUUGGGCAAAGGAUUCCUGCAUUGCAGGGGGUUGGACUAGAUGACCCUUGGGAUCCCUUCCAGCUCUGUGAUUCUAUGGAGAGCAUAGCUGUGUGUGAAGCUAAAGCACCUGUUAUUUCUUAGCCCUAAUUUCACUCACAUUCUGAAGCAGCCUUGGGAAUGUGCACUGGGCUUCUGCAAGCCUGGGCGGACUUCUGUGAAUUUGCCCUGCCUGGAGUUGUUUACCGUGACGUCGCAAGGGGCGGGUUUUCUUAACGUGCCUCAGCCCCUCACCUUUCCCCCAGAAUUGUGUUGCAGCAGCAGCAGCAGCAGCCCCCUUUCAACUUUCCUCAGCUUCCUAGAAUUUGUAAUGUGCAACCUCUGUAAAUAAAGCAGCACAGAAGGAUAACCAGCUUUGGCAAAGCAGAUUGCAAUGCCUAGAAUUUCGCUCAGUGGACAAGAGCUGCUCUGGAACUCCUCCUUUGGUUUCCAGUGUCCUGAGCAACCUUCCCCAACCUGGUGCCCUCCAGGUGUUUCGGGCUACAGUUCCCAUCAGCUUAAGCCAGUACAACCGUAUUAUGGUGGGGCUGAUGGGAGUUGUAGUCUGAACCAUCUGAAUGGCACUGAGGAUGGGCAAAGGCUGAGCAGCCAGACCUGGACUACAACCCCCAGGGUGCUCUGCAGCCAAGAGGAUUCCUAAUACUGUGACAACCAGGGGUACCAGCAUCAGUGUGGAGGAGAACUUGAAGCACCUUCAGGAGGCUGCUCGGCACCUGGUGCUAGAGCAAGCACCAGCAGCCAUAGUGGCCCUGUUGGAGCCCACAAGUGGUAGGGAGAGCCCUGAAUGACAGGGCUAGCCAAAACUCUCUCUCCAGAUAGAAAUUCAAUGCACAUACUGAAAAAAGCACCUGUUCAGCCUUGCUAACUGGGGUUGGUGGAAGUAGUUGUCCCACAUGACCUUGCUGACUGGGGCUAGUGGCGGGAGUUGUGCAAAACAUCUGGAGGGCACCAGGUUGGGGAUGGCUGACCCAGACCUCUAGGACCAGCUAGUCAGCUGCUUUCCCCACUUUUAAGGAAAGGGAGGAGGGUGGGGUGGAGGGAUGAGCAGAGUUUAUGGUUGCCCGGUCAUUGCAGGAAGCGUGUUCCUACUUGGAAUGUGACUAAUGGCAUGUGCGUCACCCCAAACAAGACCUUGCCCAGAGGUCCAGCAUCUGAACCUGGAGCUAAAUCUUGGAAUUUCUGCCGGGGUUCGCUGCAUGCUGACGAGCAAGUAUUUUGGACAAACCAUCCAGCCCAGUGGGAAUCUUAACUACUUGCUUUCUCUUUCCCCAAGUCUUUCUGUUGUUUUAUCUGGUGCAGUGCCAAGAGUAGAGCACCUUGCCUCUCUCAGAGUGACAGGCACUAAGGCUAUCCUCAGCUAUUUAACAAUUCCAAAUCCUUUUUGCCGCUGUACAGAUAGGCACCUCCUUGCUCAUUGGUCCCACUUGCCAGGUCAAUCUUAUCAACUAAAGUUACAGCCUAGAAGCUGAAGGAGAGGCAAGAUUUGAUGCUUCCAGGCACGCAGCUGCAUGCUGAGGAGGCGGCGUUUCUGUAGUAGGGUUAGCUCGCUUAUCUGGGUAAAAGUUGGGCAGGGCCCACUGGCUUAUGUAUAAAAACACCUUAGUAAUUACCGGUAGCUAAGCACUCCCUUCCUUAUUCAGCCUAGGGGAGGCUGCUUUAAGACCGUAAGCAGUGGCCAGGGAGAAUCAGGCCAAAGGAAGCCCAUAUAGUCCAGCAUCUUCUUCUCAAAGGGACCAAACACCCCAAAGAACCUAGGAAUCUAGAUAGACUGCCUCUGGGCCUGGAGGUUCCAUAAGAAGAGUGUUGGAUCAGGCCAAAGGGUGCCCCUCUGUCUGCACAGCAGCCACCCAGAUGCCACAGUGGGAAGCCUUCAAGCAGGACCUGAGGGCGGCAGCAAGCUCCUCUCCUGUAGCUUCCAGCAACUAGUAUUCAGAGACAUACUGCCUCCAGCAGUGAACAUCGCAUAUAACCAUUGUGGCUGCUGGCUAUAGGCAUCCUUUCUCCAUGAAAUUUGUCUAGCCCUCUUUUAAAGCCAUCUCAGUGGGUGUCCAUUUCUACGUCUUGCUGGGAGUAAAUUCCAGAGGUGUGAAAAACUGCUUUCUUUUCGUAUAUGCUAAGCAGUGUUCAACAGCCCAGUCAUCAUUUGGGAUCCCCUCUCCUUGUACCACCAGAAAAUGAAACACAGUUUGAAGCAAUUGUCCUGAAACAGAUGGGCAAAGGAAGCUUGCUCUCUCCUGUGAGAAGGACUUGGAGGGUUUUCAAGAGAGUAGUUCAGACUGCGCACCUGGGAGGUGGUGAUAUGCAGAGCCUGGUGAUGUUGUGUCCAUUGUUGGAGAGAGACAUGCACCUGCCUUAGAAAUAGCAUUACAAAUCACUGGGCAGAUAGUUAUACUCUGACCUGCCUCCUGGCCCUGUGGGCUAGGGACAUUGGUUCUAUGUGCAUGGUCACCUCGCCUUGGUGCUAUGUUCGUAAUGGUGCAAGGAUCAUGAGUUUUGCAGUGGGAGGGUCAGAGGCCAUCUUCUUGUCUUGGAGAGUGACCACCACCUCAGCAUUCAGGCUUCCUUCUCCACGCUGCUUUCUUGCGGGCCUCAGAGUUGUGUCUUCUAUUCAUCCACCCAUCCGCAGAUCACUUUUGGGACAGCCUUUGUACAACCUGGUACCCUCCAGCCACUCUGGACUACAACAUCCUCCAGCCCCAGUGUUCCACAGGUCUGAGCCACUCUUCCCAUCUGCCCCAGCAUCAUAUGGGCAUGCUGGCAUUGGGCUCAUGGGAGUCGUAGUCCAAAACAGCCAGAGCUCCCCAGGUUGGGUCUGGGGAGUUUGUCUGGAGACUUAAAUCCAGGUUCUUCUGGCUUCCUUCCAGGCUUUUUAUUUCUGUGCUGAGUAGUGUAUUAGUGUAUAGAGAAAAGGGAAGUCUUACCAAAAAAUGGAAAGUUGGUAGAGUUAUUGCAAAGUUUAGCUAUUAUGUUAGGUUUAAAAACAGAUAUAUGUGUCAUUGCAGUGGCCACCCUUAUUCUUAUUGGUAUUAUCAUUAGUUGGUAUUAAGUGCUGGCCCUGAUCAGAGUAGACCCACUGAAGUUAAUGGACAGGCUCAUUAAUUUCAGUGGGUCUGCUCUGGGCAAGCUGAAUGGCUCUUAGUAUUAUUUACUGCGUUUAUUCAUUGCUUACUACCUAGAGCAGUGGUCUCCAAACUUUUUUCAAAGGGGGCCACAUUUGAUGAAGUGAAGGGCUGUGGUUGCCGACCAAAGUUGUUGACCUUUUAAGAUUGAAGUUGUUGAGCUUUUUUAAGAGUUGGAGUUGUUGAGCUUCUUUUAUGAUUAAAAUUGUGGAGGUUUUUUUAGGAUUUUACCCCAGGAAAUAAACUGCCACAGGGGCCGUAUUAGGCACCCCAAACGCAUUAUGGACAUGCCUGACAUAGAGCACCCCAAAGGGACUUCCCUUUACUCCAUAGCCUGGCGGGUUGCAGGUGGGCAGAUGUAGGUCUUACCUCCCAUCCUUUGUUUUGCCUCCUAGUUGCUCCGAGUGCCAGGACCUCCUCACAAACUGGUACUACGAAAAGGAUGGAAAACUCUACUGCCAUAAGGACUACUGGAGGAAAUUUGGCGAGUCUUGCCACGGCUGCUCUCUGCUGAUGACUGGGCCAGUCAUGGUAAGGAUUUGGCAUUGUUUCUGCUUCCCAUUCUGAGUAUUGCCAGAAUUUUAUGUUGUGAACAACCCUGAGACCUGGGGGUAUAGGGCGCUAUACAAAUGAUGAUGAUGAUGAUGAUGAUGCAGGAUGGGGAAAACUCAGCAUCUGAAGCCACUGCAAAUCUCCACUAGUUACUCUGUGUUGGUUUCCUGCUGCUUCAGAGGGUAGGACCCCAAACCAGUGGAUUCAAAUUACAAGAAAGGAGAUUCCAACUAAACAUUAGGAAGAACUUGCUGACUGGAAGAGCUGUUCCACAGCAGAACGGACUAGCUUGGAAGGCGGUGGGCUUUCCUUCAUUAGAGGUUUUCUGUUGGAUAACCAUCUGCCAGGGAUUCCUUAACUGUGAUUCCUAUAGUGCAGCGGGUUGGACUAGAUGACCUUUGGAGGCCCUUCCAACUCUGUAAUACAGUGACUGAGCAAGGUUAGGAUUCAAAGCCCUAAUGAUGACAUCAGGCUAUAUCCCCCCCCCCCCCAAAGUGUGUCUUCUGGGAAGGGCCUGGUAGGAAGGAGGAGCAGCUUUGUUGUGAAAUGUUUUGGGACGGAGCACAAGACGAAAGUGUUUCCUGUUGGGCCUCCAGGCUGUGCAUGCCGUAAGGCACUUCGCCUUUGUUCUUGGGACUCAGGCUCCCGUCUUUGUAAUAUGAUAUUGAACCUCUCAACAGGUUUGGCAAAUGGAAGAUUUUUUCAGUGGGAGGUGCAUCCUUUUGCAAAAAACCGAAAGGACCGUGCUUUUUGCUUCCAAACAGUUCUGUUAUUGCUAUUGCAUUUAUAUCCCACUCUUCAUACAAGGAACACAAUUGUGGUGAUGUACAUGGUACUUCCGGGGGGAAGCUGUGGCUCAGUGGUAGAGACCCUGCUUUGCAUGCAGAAGGUCCCAGGUUCAGCCCCCAGCAGCAUCUCUAGGUACAGCUGGGAAUGUCCCUUAUCUGAAACCCUGGAAAGAUGCUGCCUGUCAGUGUAGACAAUACUAAGCUAGAUGGGCCAAGAAUCUGAAUCAGUCUAAAACAACUUCCUAUGUCGUGUGAUAUGGUCAGUUUAUUUAUUUACACUUACAUCCCAUCUGCCAUGGAUGCUUUAGCUGAGAUUUCUGCAUUGCAGGGGGUUGGACUAGAUGACCCUCGGAGUCCCUCCCAAGUCUACGAUUCUAUGUUUCUAUGUUCCCACAAAGUGAUGUACAUGGUUUUUCCGCUCCUCAUUUCAUCUACCCAACAACCCUGUGAGGGUAAGCUAGACUUGAGAAAUAGUGACUGGCCCAAGGUCACCCAGUGAGCUUCAUGGUUGAGUGGCGAUUUGAACCCUGGUCUCCCAGGUACCAGUCUGACCCUCUAACCACCACUGCAGUAUGCUGGUUCUGCAUCAUCCAUUGCUGGCAGAAAGGACACACUUCCUUUCAUUCACACUCACCUGUGUGUGUGUGAACAUAUCUGUGCACAGGAUUGGGCCAGAGUUGUAGAACAUUGUCUCUGGGCUGAAUGAUGCAGGGGCUGGUGGGAACUGUAGUCCAAAAUGGCAGGAAGGCACCAGGUUGAGUGAGUCUGCACUGAAGUGUGGGACUGAGAGCCAGCGUGGUGUAGUGGUUAAAGCAUCAGUCUGAUUUCAUCUUGAGCUCCAUGGAGAAAAAGGUGGGAUAUAAAUGCAGUACAUUAAUAUAAAUAUAUAAAAUUAUUCAGAACAAAGUGAAGGUAUCUUUCUUCUGACUGCAGGCGAAACUCUCCAUGUCUUGAUUUAAAGCUUAUUAGGGCUGCUAGACUAGACAGAACUUAGCUCUGAAUCUGAGAUGCUGUAGAAAGUUAAGAAACAGGUCCCCAAAUGCAUGUUAGGGCUGAAGGUGGAGUCCCGAGUUUUGAAAGGUUGAAGACAACUGCUGUAGGGGAAACUCUGCAGGCUAACAGCUCAUUUCCCCUAGCAAGAGGCUGUGUUCAUAUUAAAAAAUGCUUUUUGAGACCCCUAGUGGAUUCUAGGGGAAGCGCAGCCCCAAAUACCUGUACAGUACUGUAUUCAUAGGACGCAGGUGGCGCUGUGGGUUAAACCACAGAGCCUAGGAUUUGCUGAUCAGAAGGUCGGCGGUUCAAAUCCCCGCGACGGGGUGAGCUCCUGUUGUUCAGUCCCAGCUCCUGCCAACCUAGCAGUUCGAAAGCACAUCAAAGUGCAAGUAGAUAAAUAGGGACCGCUCCGGCGGGAAGGUAAAUGGCGUUUCCGUGUGCUGCUCUGGUUUGCCAGAAGCGGCUUAGUCAUGCUGGCCACAUGACUCGGAAGCUGUACGCCGGCUCCCUCGGCCAAUAAAGCGAGAUGAGCGCCGCAACCCCAGAGUCGGCCACAACUGGAUCUAAUGGUCAGGGGUUCCUUUACCUUUACUGUAUUCAUAUACAGUGGUAUCUCAGGUUACAUACGCCUCAGGUUACAUACGCUUCAGGUUACAGACUCCGCUAACCCAGAAAUAGUGCUUCAGGUUGAGAACUUUGCUUCAGGAUGAGAACAGAAAUCGUGCUCCAGCAGCGCGGCAGCAGCAGGAGGCCCCAUUAGCUAAAGUGGUGCUUCAGGUUAAGAACAGUUUCAGGUUAAGAACGGACCUCCGGAACGAAUUAAGUGCUUAACCCGAGGUACCACUGUACAGUAUAUGCUAUUACAGUACAAUCCCAUCUUAUACACAUUUAACUUGUGCCAUUUCAACCAGCCUGUCUUCAACCAUGCAGGCUGGUUGAAAUGGCACAAGUAAAAUCGAAGCCAACCAGAUGCCACAAUGGGAAACGCACAAGCAGGACCUGAGCACAAGAGCCCCCUCCCUUCCUGUGGCUUCCAGUACUUGGUAUUCAGAAGCGUUACUAUGUCCAACUGUGGAGGCAGAGCAUAGUAGCCACUGACAGCCCUCUCCACCAUAAAUUUGUCUAAUCCUCUUAUUAAAUAGGCUGGUGGCCAUCAUUGGCUCCUGUGGGAGUGAGUUCCAUAGUUUAACUAUUAACCCCUGUCAGGGAACUGCCAUCGGAGCUGGAGGUGGAGGGAAGGCUCCAGAGGGAUGCCGGAGAGGGUCCCAGUAGGGAGAGAGGCAGCCCGUCCACUGGGGAAGGAAAUCAGCAUAACACCAGUGGAGAAAGGGGGCAGAUGGGGGAAUCGGAGAGGAGGCUCCAAGACUCUUCGCCGGAGACCAGCGGAGAGAGUACGGGUCCUCUGCUGCCCACACCCUCCCUGCGCAGAAGGCUUCCGCGCAGGGAGACUAGGCGGAGACUAGGUGUCAAGGAACUUUUGUGCUGGAAGAAGUUCAAGAAACGCCCACUGACGGAUUCUGCCAGCGACUGAGACAGCCACGAAGCUAGAGGCUGUCCAGUCAGAAAGGGUUCCACCAGGUAACCUAGCCAGGAGUGGCGGCAACUUACACACGAGCAACCCCUAAACCCAUUACAACCCCCCACGUGAGACAGGUAACACCCACACUCCUUGCAACAUCCUCCUCUUCCUCCCUUCUCUCACAUGCUUUUAAGUUAGGCCUGCUUUUCCAGGAGCACCCAAAGUGACAAAAUGCCCCUCCAGCUAGCAAUUGCAAACCUUGGUUUGACCCUGCGGUGUGCCGUCCGGUUUCAGGAAAAGGGUUGAUGUGGCUAAUGCACAGUUGAGAUUUCUCUCUUGACUUUUCUGGGUCUGAAAGCACCUUUGUUGCUUUGCUUUUGUCUGCUCUCCACCUUGGCUUAAACCUCGCUUCUCUGCAGGUGGCUGGUGAAUACAAGUACCACCCAGAAUGCUUUGCGUGUAUGAGCUGCAAGGUGAUCAUUGAAGAUGGCGACACGUAUGCAUUGGUGCAGCACUCUGCCCUCUACUGGUAAGGGGAAGUUAGAAGCCCAUACUGCAACUGUGGGGGGCAGGGGGGUGGAAUGCAGGCAGGGGGGUCCAAUGCUUGGACUACUGCAAUGCGCUCUAUGUGGGGCUACCUUUGAAGGUGACCUGAAACUGCAAUUAAUGCAGAAUGUGGCAGCUAGACUGGUGACUGGGAGUGGCCACCGGGACCACAUAACACUGGUCCUGAGAGAUCUGCAUUGGCUCCCAGUACGUUUCCGAGCACAAUUCAAAGUGUUGGUGCUGACCUUUAAAGCCCUAAACGGCUUCGGUCCUGUAUACCUGAAGGAGCGUCUCCAACCCCAUCGUUCAGCCCGGACACUGAGAUCCAGUGCCGAGGGCCUUCUGGCGGUUCUCUCACUGUGAGAACUGAAGCUACAGGGAACCAGGCAAAGGGCCUUCUCGGUAGUGGUGCCCGCCCUGUGGAAUGCCCUCCCUUCAGAUGUGAAGGAAAUAAGCAGCUAUCUUCUCUUUAAAAGACAUCUGAAGGCAGCCCUGUUUAGGGAAGUUUUUAAUAUUUAACGCUGUAUUGUUUUUAACACUUGAUUGGAAGCCGCCCAGAGUGGCUGGGGAAACUCAGCCAGAUGGGCGGGGUAUAAAUAAAUAAUAAUAAUAAUAAUAAUUAUUAUUAUUAUUAUUAUUAUUAUUGGUGGGGAGAGGGGAGGGGUGGAUCUGGCAGUUCCAGCAUAACGUUCUCCACUCUUCUGUUUAGUGGCAAAUGCCAUAACCAGAUUGUUCUGACGCCGAUGAUUGAGAGGUUGUCCACCGAGUUCCUGUGUGAACAGCUGCCCUACACGCUGACCCUCAUCUCCAUGCCUGCGGCCACUGAUGGCAAGCGAGGAUUCACGGUGGCUGUCGAAGGUGGCUGCUCAACCUAUGCCACUAGCGUCCAAGUGAAAGAGUGGGUGAUAAAUCAGUUUGUAUACUGCUUAAUGCCAAAACACACGUCUAAGCCAAGUUUAAGUAUAAAAGCCAAUCACACAAGCAUUACAGUAUAAACGCUUGUAGUUAAAAUAUGCAGUUAAACAAUACAAUAUUAAAUUGCUGUGUUGUUUAAUUGCCUAUUUUAAUUAUGGACAUUUAUACUGUUUGUCCUUCUUAGAGACUCUAGUUGAGAGAGCAAAGGGAAUGAUUGUAUCGUAUACAAAAGACUUGCUUACUUUAGCUCUUCCUUUUCCCUCUUCGCCAUGUUGACAUAUAAAGGUCUCCCUCAAGGCUGUAUAUAUAUCUUUUUAACUUUGGUUUUGUAUCGUUGUGACUCUGCACAAUUGGAGUUAUCAUGUUCCCAAAGCUUUAAGAGACUGAUAAAUGUACAGUAUUUAUUGAGAAGAUAUGUUCCUUUUGACACCUCAAGUGGGCCUGAGAAGAUUAAGACAGUCCAGAAAAUGGUUUAGUCAUUAAUAAUGUCAAAUCUGAAGUUUUUUUUAGUCAAGGGGGGGAACUAAACACAAGUAACUGUUUAAUUCUAAAGAGCCAGAGCUGAUGAAAUCUCCCAGUUACCUUACCAUAACCUUCUCAGCCUCAGCACCUUGGACUUUACAAAUAAAGAAAAACAAAUAGCCUGCUUUAAAUCUUUAAACAGACUGCUGAAUUUUUAAUAACCAGGGAUAGUCAUUGUGACAGAUUAAAAUAUUUUUUUAAAGCAACAAUGAGACUGAUAUGAAUUCUUGCUGUGAAAAUUUGGGGCAUUGCAGAUUUUACUAAAAUUGAGAGUUCAAAGCCAUUUUGUUUGUGUGUGAGAUUUUAGGGGUUUCAAAAAUUACCCCAGCUUAUUUAAUUAGAGCAGAAUCAGGCAUGGAAACGGUUUCUGGUCUAAAUUAUGUCAGGGUGAUAAAUUACUGGUGUAGUAGAAAUCAGCUGAUGAAAGACAGGUUUCCUGAUAUGUUUUUAGAGGAACAGAGGUCAAACAGUCUAGGAAACUUCUUGUUGCAAAACUUUCAGAACUAUUAUCCAGAUAUUUUGGAUUCUCUUUACAGGCACUGAAUCCACUGGGAAAUGUCACUAGAAAUAUUUUUAAAUAAAGAGUUUUGGAAGUAGGAAUACAAACUGGCAUAACUGCCCUCACAUCCUCAAGAACAGCGAAAUGGUUAGCAAGUGUAAAACUUCAGCACCAAUUUGAAAAAAUACUUAUUUUCUAUGACAGUGGAAUAUCAGAAAGCUUUUUCUCAAUUUGAACAAAUGGAAUCUAUGAUAGAAUUGGGGGAGAUCUAAUGGCAAACCAGUCCAAGGUAGAAGGUGUGUCUGUGAGGAACCAGUACUGGAGGAUGUGACUGAUAAUAGAGAAUAGGGAAGAGCCCACCCAGGGAUGACUAUAGGCAGCAUUGCCUGGGGUUAGACUAGAUGACCCUUGUGGUCCCUUCCAACUCUACAAUUCUAGGAUCCUAUUUCAUUAAAUUGUCAUGGAGAUAUGAAGACAUCAGAGUGCUAAAUGUAUCCUGACAAGCUCCUAAUGUCCCCUCUCUAUAUUUUUCUUCUCUUAGUCAUGUUUAUUUGUUUUAUAAGCAAAACUCCGAUUAUUUUAAGGAUAAUAUGUAAUUUAUUUGUUAAUUUUAACACUGGCUACUGCACUUUUAUGGAAGUUUCACUCUUCCGUGGUCUUUGGAGUAGUGCAAUUCAUGUUGUUACUCCUUGAAGACCCAAAAAAAAAAAAAAUAGUUCUGCUGUCACAUGACCCUCCCUCUUUGUUUAUAGAGUCAACCGACUGCAUAUUAGUCCUGAUGUCCAGAACGCUAUUCACCCUGGAGACAAGAUCCUGGAGAUCAAUGGGACCCCGAUUCGCACACUACAAACAGAAGAGGUACGGCCUGGACAUAUUUUUUAAGUUCACUUCUUGCUCCUGGUGAUUUGAGAAAUAGAACAGAAUGGAGAAGAGAGAAUAGCUCAGGGCUGGUGCAAAUGCUUUGCAUGCAGAAGGGCUCAGGAUUGAUCCAUGGCAUUGCUAUAAAGAUCUCUGCGAGAGCAGGUGCCAGUCGGCCAGCCUUGUGUCCUCCAGGUGUUUUAGACUACAACUCCUGUGUUGUAUGGUUGAUGGGAGUUGGUGAAGGCUGGAGUAGACAACUCUGCACUAUAGAUGGACCAAUAGACUUGGGUAUAAGGCAGUGUUGUUGUUUUUUCUUAGCCACUGGGGCCUUUGGUCUGGUCCCUCAGUUGUCUUCAAUGUAUCUCAAGGCGUAAGCAAAGUUCUCACAUUUGUGAGUUGUGGGCAAUUCCUUCUCUUUCGUAUGUGGCAUAAAUACAAGACCCCUCACUGGAAUAUGGGCUACUGCAAACAGUUUGAACAACGUAGGUUUUUAAGGUGCAGCAAGAUUCUAACAAAAUUUAUUAGCGCAUAAUAAGCUUUCGUGGACUGAGGGCCACUUUGUCAGGUGCAUUAUUUGUUUGUUCAUUUAUUUUGUAAUGUUUAUACACUGCUUGAUUGUAAAAAAAAAACCCCAAAGCGAUUUACAAAAAAGAUAAAGCAAUAAAAUUGUUGAGAAGAAUUAACAAUAAUUCAAGACAAUCGAAAAGUUAAAUUAACAGUACUCUGAAAACAGAUUAAAACUCAAAUCAGCUUUCUAAACAACUGGGUAGGCCUGCCUAGACAAAAAUGUUUUUUGCAUGUGCCAAAAAGAGUGAAGACGCCUGCCUGGUGUCAAUAGGCAGGGAGUUCCGAAGUGUAGGUGCUGUCAUGCCAAAAGAUCAAGUUCUUAAAAAUGCAGAAUUGGUUUUAUGUGACACCUGUAACUGCACUAAUUCCAGCUGUUAAAGGAUUUACAGUCAAAACCAGCACUUUGAAUUGGGCCCAUGAACUAAUUGGCAGCCUGUGCAGUCAGGCCAGUAUAAUAUGCUCAAACUGUUUUCUACUGGCGAGCAGCCUGGCCGCCAAAUUCUGCACCAGCUGAAGUUUCCAAACUUUCUUCAGAGGCAGCCGUAUGUAUAACGUGUUGAAGUAAUCUGACCCAGAGGUUGCCAAUACAUAGACGACAGAAGUUAGGCUAUCCCUGUCCAAAUGGGAUACAGCUAGGCCACCAGCCGAAGCUGAUGGCAGGCACUCCAUGUCUCUGAGGCCACCUGAACCUCAAGCAAAGCAAGGGUUCCAGAAGUACCCCCAAGCUAUGUACUUCAGAGGGAGCGUAGCCCUGUCAGGAGCAGGUAACAUCCAAUCCAUCCAUUCUAGGGAACCCCCCUCUAACAGUGCCUGAGUCUUAAGCUGGAUUGAGCUUCAGUUUGUUGGCUUUCAUCCAGUCCGUUAAUGAGGCAAGGCAAUGGUCCAGCACAUCCACUGCCAAAUCUUCAGAUGUAAAGGAGAAGUACAGCUGUGGGUCAUCAGCAUAUUGCAGGCAUAUAUGCACACAUGGUUUGGUGUAGGGUUGUAAGCAGUGAGGAGAAGAAAUGCAGAGAGUACAGAGACAGCAAUAAUUACAUAAUUAACUGUGGACAGUCACAGAAACCUGCGUCCUGAUUUACGGGUGGCGCUGUGGGUUAAACCACAGAGAAUAGGACUUGCUGAUCAGAAGGUCAGCGGUUCGAAUCCCCGCGACAGGGUGAGCUCCCGUUGCUCGGUCCCUGCUCCUGCCAACCUAGCAGUUCGAAAGCACGUCAAAAUGCAACUGGAUAAAUAGGUACCGCUCCGGCGGGAAGGUAAACGGCGUUUCCGUGCGCCGCUCUUGUUCGCCAGAAGCGGCUUAGUCAUGCUGGCCACAUGACCCGGAAGCUGUACGCCGGCUCCCUCAGCCAAUAAAGCGAGAUGAGCACCGCAACCCCAGAGUCGGUCACGACUGGACCUAAUGGUCAGGGGUCCCCUUUAAACCUCUUGUAGGUUGAAUUGAGGCAAAGGUUGAGGUUUUUGUGUGAGGUUAGUUUACCAAUGCCAGGAUGUCUGAGCUAUCAACAACUUUCUGUUUGAAUGACCCCUGGAGAUGCUCCCUUGGAGGUCUCUCUCGCCUUCAAUGUGCAACUUCCUUAUUCCUGGGUUCACUUCUCAGAUAGAGGAUCUGAUUCGCAAGACGAGCCAAACCCUCCAGCUGUUGAUCGAGCAUGACCCCGUCUCUCAGCGCCUCGACAGACUGCGUCUGGAUGCCCGGAUGCCCGGGCGCACGAAAAAGCCCUCUUCUCCCUGCCCCAUAUCAGCUCUGGACCUGAAGGAGAACCUGGAAGGAACGCUGCGGCGUCGCUCCCUCAGGUACCAAGGCCAGGGGAGGCUACCCCCAAAAUUUUUACUGACUUCCAACUAUCAUUUUAUUUUGGCUAUAUAGCUUUUCACUUUGCAGGAGGUAGGACUAGAGGAAUUUAGGCUGACCCCCUCUAAUACAGUGCUCCUCUCAACCUGGCACCCUCCAGCGGUUUUGAACUGCAGUAUUCUCCGCUGGCUGAAGCUGAUGGGAGUUGUGGACCAAAACAUCUGGAAGAUUCCAUUUUGGGGAAGGCCUGCUACUCUAAUGCGUGUAUCCAACAUAUUCCUGCCUCCUGCCCUACUUGCUGCUAAGGACUACUAAGAGCCAGUGCAGUGCAAAAGUUGGACGAGGACUUUGGGAGACCAGGGUAUGAAUCCCCUCUCAACCAUGAAGCUCCCUGGGUGACCACGGGCCAGUCAUUGCCUCACAGGGUUGUUGUGGUGAUCAUAUGAGGAGAGGGAGAACUAUGUACAUGUCAGGGACUGGAAUGAAGAGGAAGAGGAAUGGUGGCAAUCACCCCCUACCCCUUCUCCUGUAGCUGAGGGAGGUUGUGUUGAGUUACAGCCAAACUAUGAGGGAGAUAACAAGUCAGAGACAAGCGAGCAGCUAAGUUAUGAGGUGUUAGGAGAAGCAGGGGGGAGAGACAGAGCAGCCAGCGGACACUUCAUUAGACAGCAUAGAUGAUCCGCCGUCCCCUAGAAUGCGAUGUUCAUUAAGGGUGCAAGAGCAGUGGACACAGAGGCAUUUGACCAUGGGGGGCCACCAUAGGGUCAGAUGCUGUUGUGAAAGAGGGAGUUGCUCACUCUGGCUCCUCCGCCUUCCAUCAUGGAGGAAGGACUGGAUUCUUUGUCUUCUGCCGUAAUGGCUGAAUAAAUCAUGAGCCUUCUUGUUUCUUCCCUGCUUCUUGAAACCAUUGGGGGAGGGAGAGAAUUCCUCAAGCCUGACAGUACAUCACAUUGAGCUCCUUGGAGAAUACAGUGGUUUGUAACUGUGAUAAAUAAGGACAAUAUUGGAUAAGUUUGGUACCAAGACAUAAGUCACAUCAACUUUGACAAGAAUGCCCCCAGGACAAAAGUUCAAGGUUCCUAUAUAGAUUUACAAAGCCCUGAACAACUUGGUUCCAUGAUACUGUUGUAAAUCACUGUAGUACGUUUUUUAUGAAACAGCGGUAUGUAAAUAUUUUUUAUAAUAAUAAAUGUGUUUUUUUAAGUGCCCCCCCUCCUGUGAUCACGGCACAGUGCAUCCAAUCUGAUUUCGCUUUGUGUGGCGUACUAAAUGCAGCCUUGAAUUCGAUCACAGUGUGGCUUCUUUUAUACUGUUGUUACACAUGUUCAUUUAUUAUGGAGCGUGGUCUGGCGAACCUAGGUGUGCUUUGUGUGCAUCUCUUCCUCCCAUUCCAAUGAGCUGGAGAACAGGGAGCCUGCAACUUGGACUUCCAGCAAAAGCUCUAACCUUGGUUGCGUCUUCCACUCCAGGCGAAGCAACAGCAUCUCCAAGUCCCCUGGCCCCAGCUCCCCAAAGGAACCACUCCUCCUCAGCCGGGAUAUCAGCCGUUCUGAAUCGCUCCGCUCAUCCACAAGUGGCUCCCAGCAGAUCUUCCGCCCCUGUGAUCUGAUCCACGGGGAGGUUUUGGGAAAAGGCUUCUUCGGCCAGGCUAUCAAGGUGAGGAAACUGUCGCAGAUACUCUCUUACCUUUCUCUCCCAACAGAACCCCCAGGAAUGGGGCAUGUCUGCUUCUCACGUUAAUGGUGUUCUAUUAAUCAGGAUCAUCAUUUGUCCCAUCAGGUUUCUCCCAGCAAUUGUUUCACUGUUCCUUUUGCUGUCCUUGAAGUUGGUGCAGCUGACACUGAAUGGGAAAGGGCCAUAGCUCAGUGGUUGUUAGAGCAUCUGCUUUGCUUGCAGCAGGUUCCAGGUUCAAUCCCCAGCAUCUCUAGGUAGGGCUGGGAGAGGCUUCUGCUUGGAACCCUGAAGCCAUUGCUGCCAGUCAGUGUAGACAGUGCUGAAGUUGAUGAGCCAAUGUCUGAUGCAGUAUAAGGCAACUUCCUAAGCAUCUCUGACUGCAGAGUUUUAAGUUGGCUCUCCCCACCUUCAUUCUGAUCUGGGGUGCAAGAGCCUGAGUAGCUGUAGCUAAGCUUCUUCGGCACCGAUGCUCUGUUUGCCAAUCAUUUCAUCUUCUGUCAAAACUUUGUGCUUGAGCCCGUUCUCCUGUUUAGGAAAAAGGUGGCCCUGUUGGACCACAGCUUCUCAGGCUGAGUUCAUCCAUCCUCCAGAACACCUGGAGUUCUGAUUUGGGGAUAGCCUGUCCUAUAUUUCGACUCUGGCACAAUGUGGAAGCAAGAAUCAGGAUGGAGAAAAGAAAGUGCUCCUUCAUGCAGCGCACAAUUAACCUGUGGAACUCACUGCCACAGGAGGCUGUGAAGGAUACCAACCAAGAUGGCUUUAAAAGAGGAUUAGGGAAAUUCAUGUAGACGAGAGCUAUCCAUGGCUACCAGCCACGACGGCUAUGCUCUGCCCUCCACAGCUGGAGGUAGCAAUGUUUCUGAAUCCCCAUUGCUGGGAACUACAGGAGGGGAGGGGUCUCUAGUGGUUGUUUCCUGCUUGUUUGCCACAGGCAUCUGGUUGGCCCCUGUGAGAGCAGGAUGCUGGGCUAGAUGGGCCAUUGGCCUGAUCCAGCAAGCUCUUAUGAAGGGGCUUAUAACCAUGCCCUGUUUCAGCCUGCAUCCUUGGGUAUAUGCCACAUUCCAGCUCUUCUUUACCUUUUCUUACUAAUGAACCUGUUUCUUCUCCUUCUCCUUCCUCUUCUGUGGGUAGGCACGUAGCAGGUGCAGGUAAGCCCAAUGCUAUCAUUGCAGCAUGCCUUGUGAUGAGCAUUCCCACUCAGGCGAGAGCCCUCAGACUAACUCUGGCCUCCGAUUUGUGCACGCUGCCCCCACCCCAGGCUGCAGCCAACGCCCCAACACUCCACAUUCUGCAAGGCUACUGUGUUGGUUGGGGGAGGGAGCAUCCGGCUUGCCCUUGUCUUCUGAACGUCCUUUCUGCAUGGCCUUCCUUUUAAAGGAGACAUACAACAACCUAGCACCCUCCUCUCCUCUGCUGCUGCACAUUUGUUUUGGAAAAGCAGGGGACUUUUAGAUUACCUGCAAAAAAUGUAAUACCACUUACUGUAGUAAAAAACAGCAACAACUAUGCUGUUUACAUAAAGUCAAUAACAAUACAAACAACAUUCAAGUAAAAAAAAAACCUAGAUAAAAGCAAAACAAAACUAUGUAUCACAAAUAAAACUGGUUAGGACUGCUGGUUGUCGUUGUCUUCUGUUUCAGUCACAGGGGUGUCAAACGUCUCAGGCAAGUUGCUGCCCCUCAUUAUGUGCUUGACCAGUCAGGCCCAGUGCAGGUGACAUCCUCCUCUUCUUGUCUUCUAAUUCAGAAUCUAAUUCAGACACCUGAUAUGUAUAUCCUUUCUUUCUUUCUUUCUUUCUUUAUUUAUUUAUUGCGUUUAUAUCCUGUCUUUUACUCCAAGGAGCUCAAGUUAGCAUGCGUGGUUCUCCCCUCAUUUAAUUCCCACAACAGCCCUGUGAGGUAGCGUAGACUGAAAGUGAGUGACUGGCCCAGGGUCACACCCAAUAAGCUUCGUGGCAGAGUGGGAGGUUUCAAAAGCCCGUCAAAGUGCAAGUAGAUAAAUAGGUACUGCUCCGGUGGGAAGGUAAACAGUGUUUCCGUGCGCUGCUCUGGUUUCGCCACAUGACCUGGCCACAUGCUGGCCACAUGACCCGGAAGCUAUACGCCAGCUCCCUCGGCCAAUAAAGCGAGAUGAGCGCCGCAACCCCAGAGUCAUCUGCGACUGGACCUAACGGUCAGGGGUACCUUUACCUUUACCUCCCAAACCCUAGUUCCACACUCUUUAAGUGCUACACCACACUACCUCUCUAAUUUUAGGACCCACCCUAUUUUUGCAAUUUUAUGUUGUUUAAAUGUUGUGUUUUAAAUUGUUGUAACCUACCCUGGGACCUUAGGGUGAAGGGCAGGUAAUGAACUGAAAUAAUACUAUUAACAGUAACAAAAAUGAUAGCGAUCAUAAAUGACAGUAUAGCGGCUCUUCACUGCUGAAGGCAUCAAGAUGGGGAUAAUGUGUUAAUUCCCAAGUGUGAGAGGACAGGAGGUCUGUGGGAGUGCAGAGCUCCUUCCUGAUUCUGCCAAGUACAACCCUUAAGAGGCCUGGGGAAGCCACUCUGCUGCCAGUGACCCUUUACGGAGAUCUUGCAAGGGUCAGUGAGAUCAUGCAACGGUUUAGAAGCGCCGUGUUAAGUUCUUCUCACUUUUGCUGUUCAGGUGACUCACAAAGCAACAGGGAAAGUGAUGGUGAUGAAGGAGCUGAUCCGUUGUGACGAGGAAACGCAGAAGACCUUCUUGACAGAGGUAGGCACAGCCGUUUCAAGCAGGUCCUGAAACGGGUGCAUUAAGCUGUCCUGCUAUACAGCAGCCUCGAUAGGAAUGGGGGCUCAGGAAGAUCACCCCAUGGCUGCCCACUUAGAAGAGAGCAAAAGAACAUUAUGUCAUGUGCUGCUCCUCUUUGGCUUUUAAGCCGUGCAGAUAAUGCCCAAGACUUGGGUUGCAUUUAAUGUUGCACAUCGCUCUGGAGAGCUAGAGCUGGGCUGAAAUGUGUUGCUGCAGAAUGGCAGAUCAAGUUGAUGGAUUAUGUCGAAAUGACUAAAAUGACCGGAAGAAUCAGAAAUCAGGAAGACCAAAAAUUUUAAUAAGGAAUGGGGAAAAUUUAUAAUUUAUCUUAAACACCAUUGUAAACAGUUAAAAUCAUUAGUAGGAUUGGAAUAACACUUGUAGUUUAAUGGUGAAUUUUGGACACAAUGGAGAGGUAAAAGAUUUGGAUUAUUAUAAAAGACGCAGGAGGAAAUAAUUGACAAUAGGACACACAAAGGGGGGAGGAAGCAAGUCCAGGAGAUUCUUUGGAAUCUUGUUUCUAUGUUGUAUGUUGGAUAUGUGACUGUAAAAUUUUAAUCUGAAAAAACAAAUAAAUUUAUAUAUAAAAAAGAAAUAUGUUGCUGCUUGAAGUGAGGCCCCAGUGCCCCUCCAUUUGCCAGUGAUGACAUUGUUAAGCCUCUGGCUGCACCCUUCAGACACCAAUUCCUGUUUCCCAUCAAACUUACCACUCCACAGUUCCACCCGGUUUUGUUUAUGUACUUUCUUGCAUGUUUAUAUUUCAUUUCCAUUUUUAUUUUAUUUACAUGUAUGGUCCACCUUUUGUCCAAGGAACCCAAAGGUGUCACACACAGUUCUCUGCUUCCCCAUUGUACUCUCGUAACAGCCCUGUUGGUUAGACUGAGAAAUAGUAACUGGCCAAAGGGUGCCCAGUGAGCUUUGUGACUGAGAGGGGGCUUGGACCUUGGUCUCCCAGAUUGCAGUCUGAUGCUCUAACCUGUACUGGCAGGGUGGAAUAUAUAUUCUUCAAGGCCAACACACCUGGGCUCCCUGAUGCUACAGCAGUUCUGAAGGUGAGCAAGUGUGGAUCGCAUCAGUCCCUCAGAUGGGACUGCAAGAGCUGCUUAGACUUCAAAUACUUUUUAUUUUGUUUUCUUUAAAAAAAGAAGCAGCAGCAGUAAAAAGGAGGUCUCAGUGCAUCCCAAACCCUUGGACUGCUGUCUUGUCUUCUCAGGUGAAGGUGAUGCGCAGCUUGGAUCACCCCAACGUCCUGAAAUUCAUUGGUGUGCUAUACAAGGACAAGAAGCUGAACCUUCUCACAGAGUACAUUGAAGGCGGGACUCUGAAGGAUUUCCUCCGGAACAUGGUGAGUGAAGGCAGCUUGUCAGAUGAGCAAGGAGAAAUUUGACCCUAAAAGUGCAGUGGCUCUUGGCCACUAAAGCUCUCGGCUUCUAAAGUAGUCUCCCCCAGGCCUGGUGCCUCCAGCUGUUUUGUACUCUUAACUCCCAUCAGCCCCAGCCGGCACAGCCGCAAUGUCACGCUGGGAAAGACUUUGAAAAGAGCAUUGCGCCUUUCAUCCACUACAGAUAUGUUGCUUGUUUAAGGAACAUGUUAAUGAGGGCCUUCUUUUUUGCCUUGCAGGAUCCAUUUCCCUGGGAGCAGAAGGUCAGCUUUGCCAAAGGAAUUGCCUCAGGAAUGGUGAGUUCCCUGGUUCUUCACAUAUACACACACUCUUUGCCCACUGGAAUCUUGUCUUAGUUGUAUAUCCUGCCCCAUCUUGAGGGCUUCAAAAAUACGAGAUAUUGAGCAAGGGGGAUUGAAAGGUGCAUUUGAGAGAGAAACGAGCCGGCCCUACCAUUAGAUCGCAUUAAGCAAUUGUCCCAGGUGGGGGCAACAGUGGCAUUAUUCCUCUUUCUGAAAUGAGAACUGCCCUCUGAAUGAGCAGCCAAUGCGCAGGAGUUUGCCUCUUAAAGCUUUGCAGCCCAAGAAGCCCCAGUCCAGGCUCAUGACUUUGAAAGGGUUGCGAUGGGGUGUUCCUUUGCUGGAGAAGCAAAGGGGCUGUCAUAAGGACAUAAGAAGAGCUUGUCUGCUGGAUGAGACCAAAGAGGCCCCAUCUAGUCCAGGAUCCUGUUCUCACAGUGGCCAACCAGAUUCCCCAAUGGAAAGCCCCAAAGCAGGGCAUGAGCACAGUAGCAGCAGCUCUCCCUUCCUGCAGCUUCCAGCAACCGGUUUUCACACACAUGUGGCUUACCGCAGUGGAGCUUGUGGCUCAUUUCUGCAUCCUCAGCAGCCGUGGUCUCUUGGUUGCACAUGAACCCCUCACACCUGGUGGUCUCCAGCAUCAUAGGCUUUUAGUGCAGUCGGUCUGACUGGAUUCUGGGUCAGAUCAAACCACCUGUGACCUGCCUCCUCUACCCCCCAGGCACAGCCACCACCUUGGCUUUUUAUUUUAUUUUAUGUAUUUCAUUAAAUAUUUUCUUAGUUUACAAAAGUAUGUGCAAUGCCUCUCUCUCUUCUUUUUUCCAAUUUCAUUUGUUGAGGCAUUAGGAAGAAGAAGGGGAAAGGUGGGUGGGGGUGGGUGGCAAUGUUUCUAUUAUACUUAAUAUAUGUGGGGUUUUGUGUCAGCAUCGCUUGUGCAGGUUCUGUGCUAUUCACUUGUGUUCCUUUGGUGGUGAGAGAGGUUGGGGUUGGCCUUGUUUGUUUGUGAUUGGCUGUGGUGGUCUUUGUUUUCAUGUGUGAGUGGGGUGGGUGGGUGUUUUGGAUCAGGUUAACCAUAUUUAUUUGUAUGCCGUUGGUGGAUUUUUGUCAUUGUCUUGUUGGGCUGUGUAUGUGAUAAAGGGGAGCCAUACCGGGGUGAAGGCGUCUUCUUCUAUUUGUCCCCAACCACCUUGGCUUAUAAGAAGGGCAAUGGCUUGGAGGCACUUGGGUAGCCCGUGAGACAGGCCAGUGGGAGUGUUGAGUGGUUUCAGCCAGAAGUGCCACGUUCAGAAGUGCCCAGACUCAAACAGCGUUGGUUCAAAUGCCUCUCUUCCCCUUCUUCUCCCUUUCACAGGCUUACCUCCACUCGAUGUCCAUCAUCCACCGAGAUCUGAACUCCCACAACUGCCUCAUCAAACUGGUGAGUUCCCCAGUCUCUCCCCAUCGCCCACCACCAAGCAAAACAGCUGAGAGUUGGAGCCCUCUGGCUCUCUGCGCACAGAGACCUCAUAGGUCCAAGUUGGUGCUGUAAAUGUAUCCCAGCAAGAGCAGGUGCACCGUUGCUCAGAACUUGGGUGUCUUUAAGCCUGACGUUUUCAUUGGAGGCCAAGAACAGGUGGUGACUUAAGCAAUGUGCAUUUGCCCCCCCCCAAAUAGUACCUGUUAGGUUUUCCUUUGAGCUGUGGUUCUUCCUUUCUUCUCCCAGAUCCUCCCAGUGGUUUCCAAACUUUUGGGGCCACUGCCCCUUGGUUCCAUGAAAUCAUUCCCCUUACCAAAUAAAAAAACAGAAUAGUGGUUUGAACACAACAAAAUUCAGAGCAGUAACAUUUAAUUGCCCAUUUAUUCCACCCGGGAAAAUCAGAAACCAGGAGGAUCAAAACUUCAACAAAGAAUAGGACAAAUUUAUAUCAUACUUGAAAGACCACUGUAAACACUUGAACUCUUUGGCAGGUUUCAAAUAACUCUUGCAAUGAUACAUAGAUUUUGGAUGCAGUGGAGGAUUGUAAAUUAGAUGGAUUUAUAAUAUGCAGUUAAAAAGUUACUUAAAGGAUCCACGGAGGGGAGGUGGAAAGUCUUAAGAUUCAGAAGAAUCUUGCGUAAUUUUAUUAUUAUUUGUGAUUAUGAGUGUGAAUGAAUUCGUAAAAUCAAAUAAAAACACUUUCAAAAAGAAAAAGGUUAUUUGCCCUUUUAUUCCAAAUCCACUUAAAACUAUGUAGUUUAAUUGAUUCCUUUUUUUAUGAACUUGAUCCAGUGAUACCAGCUUUUCAAAGUCUAAUAGUCACUUACACCUCCAGCGCCCCCCUCCCACACUACCCUUUUGCCUUUUAUGGUCUUUGCCCCCUGCAGGUAAACCCAACACUCCCCAUUGGGUAGUACCGCUCACUUUGGGACGCACUGCUAUUGACCCUGGGCAUUUAUUAUAGAUAUUUUUGCUCAUGGGCAAACUGCGCCUUCUGAUCCCCGCAGACUAGUAGGCCUCUCAUAGUGGCCCCUCCUGCUUUGUUCUUGGCUGCAGGACAAGACUGUGGUGGUUGCAGACUUUGGCCUCUCCCGGCUGAUUGUAGAGGAGAGGAAGAAGCCCACCCUGGAGAAGCCAUCGGCCAAGAAGCGGACCCUGCGCAAGAGUGACCGGAAGAAGCGUUACACAGUGGUGGGGAACCCCUACUGGAUGGCACCAGAGAUGCUGAACGGUAAGAAGUUUCACAAGUAAUCAUAAUAAAAAAAAAUUAUUUAUACCCCGCCCUCCCCAGCCAAGACCGGGCUCAGGGCAGCUAACACCAGAUGUAAAAACAAUUGAUUAAAAUACAACUUAAAAACAAGAUUAAAAUACAACAUUAAGAUGCAGUCUCAUUUCUGUAGAAACUCAAAUCAAAAACUUUUUGGGGAUGAAAACGUCAAAUCUUCACCAAGGCCAACUAUCCAGACUGGUCCUACGUGGGCCAUAAAAAAGCCAGGGAAGUCCCCAAAUACAGUGCUGAAGGCCAGGUCAGCCUUAUACCAUGACCUUGGUCUAUCUACAUCAGCAUUGCCUACUCUGGCUUGCAGCAGCAACUCUUAAGGGAUUCCGUCAGGGAGUCUCUCUGAGGCCUACCUGAAGAAGUUGGGGGUUGAACCUGAGACCUUGUGCAUGCAAAGCAGGUGCUUUACCCCUGAGCUCUAGCCCUUCCCAAGUAAAGAACAUAAGAAGCUGCGUUAUACAGAGUCAGAGCAUCGGUCCAUCUAGCUCCAUAUUGUCCACACUGACUAGCAGUGGCUUUCCAAGGUUUCAGGUAGGACGUCUUCCCCAGCCCUACCAGGAGAUGCCAUUGGGGAUUGGUCCCGGGACCUUCUGCAUUCCAAGCAGGUGCUCUGCCCCUGAGCCAACAUGGUCCUUCCCCAGGAAUUUGCAGGAUUUUCUGUAGACCUGUCCUCUCUGAAAGUCUGACAGUGUCCCCUCCACAGCCAUGAUACUUAACAGAAUGGCGUUGGGCAAGGUGCCAUCUCUUGCCCUGAACUUUGCUCCCAAGCAGGGGAAAUGCCAGGAAUAAUGCCCUGAGUUAGGCAUGCAGGAAUCAUAUGUAAUCACUGAGACAAUAAAAAAUAGACUGUGUGGCUGGAAACUCUGAUUCUACUGCCUGAGGGCUCUUAGCGAACUCUUGGUUCACCAGUUCUGUCAUUCACACUCAGUGCUUUCUCCAUUUAAUGAAAAUAAAGCCACUCUCCCUUUUUUCUUUUCUUCCAGGGCAGAGCUAUGAUGAGACAGUGGACAUCUUUUCCUUUGGGAUUGUGCUAUGCGAGGUAAACCUGGACCACUUCAGAAGUGAGAAGUUGCCGUGCUCCUUAAUAAAAUAAAUACUGUUUGGGGGGAUGUUAUUGUUUUCGUUUGUUACUAUGGUAUGUAUUUUUGUGUUUUUAUAUUAUAAACCGCCCUGUGAUCCUCAGAUGAAGGGUGGUAUAGAAAUUUAAGGAAUAAAUAAGUGGUACCUGAGCUUCCUCUCUGGCCACCAGGAUCCUCAAAGCUGCUCUGCAUGUUAGGGUUUCAGAGCACAUUCAAAGUGUUGGUGCUGACCUUUAAAGCCCUAAACAGCCUCAGUCCUGUAUACCUGAAGGAGCGUCUCCACCCCCAUUGUUCAGCCCGGACACAGAUCCAGCGCUGAGGGCCUUCUGGUGGUUCCCUCAUUGCGAGAAGUGAGGUUACAGGGAACCAGGCAGAGGGCCUUCUCGGAAGUGGCGCCCACCCUGUGGAACACCCUCCCUUCAGAUGUGAAGGAAAUAAGCAGCUAUCCUAUCUUUAAAAGACAUCUGAAGGCAGCCCUGUUUAGGGAAGUUUUUAAUAUUUAAUGCUGUAUUGUUUUUAACACUCAACUGGGAACCGCCCAGAGUGGCUUGGGGAAACUCAGCCAGAUGGGCGGGGUAUAAAUGAUAAAUUAUUAUUAUUAUUAUUAUUAUUAUUAUUAUUAUUAUUACUACUCACCUGGUCCUUGGCCAGAGAAACUCGGAAAAAUAAAGAUUCAGCCUUUAAAUGCGCUGCCUCUGCUUUUCGUCUGCUAAUCUAAGUGUAGAAUCUUUUCUCUGAAACAUGUUGCAUUAAUAAACACCCCUUCUGCUUUCCGUAUUGGGAACAUGGGAAGCUGCCUUCUGCUGACUCAGACCAUUGGUCCAUCUGGCUCAGUAUUGCCUACUCUGACUGGCAGCAGCUUUCCAGGAUUUCAGGCAGGGAGUCUCUCCCAGCCGUACUUGGAGAUGCCACUGGAGACUGAACUUGGGACCUUCUGCUUGAAAGGCCAGAUGUUCUACCAUGGCCCUUCCUGCCCUCCCUUCUUGCUUUCUCCUCUCCCAUGCAAAUGCUCCUAAGGGCCUGUUCCUAUCCAGGCUUCCCUCCUCGGAUCUGGUUCAGUUCCUCCUUCCUAUCACCUGCAGCCCCAGGUGGUGGCGCCAGCACACAGCCGAGUCCUGCUUUCCGUGACGCUGAUGGCUCCUUUCUCUGUUUCAGAUCAUCGGACAAGUGUAUGCCGAUCCAGAUUGCCUCCCCCGCACUCUGGAUUUUGGCCUCAACGUGAAGCUCUUCUGGGAGAAGUUUGUUCCCACCGACUGCCCUCCGGCCUUCUUCCCCCUGGCAGCCAUCUGCUGCAGGCUAGAGCCAGAGAGCAGGUGAGGCCUCUGGAGGGAUCAAAGCAGGAUGAAGGGAGAUCUUGGCUCUGUACCUUCCUGCUUCUUUUUGGUCUGGUGCCAGCCUGCUUCCCUCCAGAUGUUUUGGAGGGUGCUAUUCUGCCUGGGGCUGAUAGGUUCUGUGGUCCAGAAACAACCGAAGGGCAUCAGGUUGGUGGAGGCUGAUGGAGUCUGUUCCUGGCAUUCUGCUUGAGGGAGGGGCAUAUUUGCAUGCAGGCCACCCUCACGGAGGACAGAGCACUUCCUUUGUUUUGACUUUGCUCUCUCCCUUUUUUUUUUAAAGUGUUAUUUUUCCUGCCAGUGCGGUUUGCUGUUAAAAAGAACUAUUUAUGUCAAGUGAGCGUGAAGCAGGAACCAAAGGAAACUGCACCCUCCAGAGCUGGAACAAGCUCUUGUUUCCUCUGUGCAAGGCAGACCAGGCUGCACCACCGUGGGCAUGUGAAAGGCUGGGCUCCUGCCUUCCUUCUUGGAGCCUCAACACAGGGGAUGGAAGAAGGGGAGCAGCCUAAAAUGCCACAAUAGACUGGGGGUGUUCAGAAGUUCCAUUGGUCCCAGCCAGCACAAACUCUUUUGUCUUAUUCCAUUGUGGUUGGCCUGGUGGGGGUUCCCUAAACCACAGUCCUUCCUAGGUCACACCUGCUUCAGUCACUUGUGUGCUGCUUUUAAACAUCUCUUUCUGGUCGCCUGGAGGAAAUUCCUGCUCUCCAUAGGUGACCUGAUCUGUAGAGAGACAGCAUUAACUUACUGCCUUUCCUCCUCUCUCCCUAGGCCCCCGUUUUCCAAACUGGAGGAUUCUUUUGAAGCCCUUUCCUUGUACCUGGGAGAGCUGGGAAUCCCUCUUCCGUCAGAACUGGAAUUGCUGGAUCACAACGUCAGCAUGCAGCAUGGGCUGAUCCGGGAUAAGCUACCUGAAAACCUCACCUAAUCCUCAAGACCUGUGCGCACUUUCCAUAAAUUGCCUGUGGGGAGGGAGUGGGGCAGCAGGGGCAUAUGAGAGAGAGAGAGAGAGAGAGAGCUGAUGUUCCGAAUCCUCACAGGACAUUAACAAGGCACCCAUUUGCCUUCCGUCGCCUCACCUUGGACUACCUUCCUCCUGUGGAUUUGUGGCAUGUUCUGGAAGCAGAAUCCUGUCCUGCUUGUGACUUUUAGUACUGACACUCUCUAGCUUUUGGAAACACAAAAUUGUAAGGCCCUGUUUGCAGGUCUCUAUCACAGUGGUGCCUUGGGCCUCAAAAAGACUGCAAGUGUUUAAAGGUUCCUGAGCCUGAGACAUUUGCCUGGAAGGGGCAGGCUGGGCUGCCCCCAACUUGGGUGCCUUGCCUGCUGUUGGAAAAGGCAUGGAGAGGGAGUGUGUUUGCCUUCCCCACACCUCUUGGGAGUUGGGAAGUUCUUCAGGAGCAGCUCAAAGACAGCCUCUCUCCGGCAAAGGAUCCCCCUUCUCUUCCUCAUCUCUACAAAUACCUCCAAGCAAACGUUCAAAAACACUACACAGCCAACUUGCGAACUGGGCUUCCAUCAACACCCCAUGUCAGAAGGGGAAGAACCAUCUCCAGUGAGCACAAAGGGUUGCUCCAGAGUAGCAGGCUGCUCUCGGCUGUUUGAGCCACUUUGCAGUGGGAACAGAAAGGGUGAGGCUGUCUAGUUUGGGGCUCAGUGGCCUCAGACUGUGGGGGCUUCUUAGUGUGGAACAGCUGGGUUUGAGCAAAGAGCUACUUCCCAAGCCACCAUUUAAUUGCAGCUGACAGGGAAUGAGACCACUUUCUUAUUUGGGUCUGAUAGUCUGAAGCCCUUGUUGAACCUGAUUAAGUUACCUACCUCUGUCCUCCAUUUCAGGCUUCUCUUUCCCUUAGGAACUAAGACACCACUGGUUCUGGCCUGCACACACACACUUCCUGGAUGUACCAAGAAUAGAAAGGGAACUAUUCCUAGCUUCUGUCUUCUCUGGUGAAGAUGGUGCACACACUACAUGGUUUCACUUGGCCAGAUCUUUCCCCUGUUCUUGGUGGGCCUCAGCAAAGUCACUUUCCUUGGGAAGCCCAACCCAACCUAGCAUGAAUUUGGGACAGGCAUGCAGUCAUCGUGGCUUUCGGUCCUCUCCCCUAAGAUAGCACCAUGGAUCUGGACCUCAAGCAGCCCACUUUCCCACUUAGAGUAGCCAAAAAGACAUGAGGACCCUACUAGCCAAGCCAUUUUAAACUCGUUAUCUGGCUUAAUCCUCGAAGGGUUAAGAGCCACUGGGCCUUCUGAGCCCCACCCCAGUGGUGGUCUCCAGGCCCAGGGCGUUUCAAUAAAGAUUCCGCUCCCUCCUUCCUCUUUUAAUAAAUGUGGGUCCCCCUCUAUAAACAGGGACGAAGAGAGGAGAAACUUGGAUCAUGUGUUCAAGAGAUUCUGGACUCUUGUUGAUUGCACACCAAAACAUUUUUGACUAAAUUAAAAGCAAUAAACUUUGUCCUAUGGAAACAAAA